GGUCUUUGGUGUGCAGGGGUUUUGCACCACCCAUCUAAAGUCACUCUUCUUAAUUCCUAAUAUAAAUCUUGUAGGUUUACUCUAAAAAUGGUAAAUAUCUGAGUCUAUUUUGCCUGUGAGCUGUUCCUCGCAGACUGCUGCGCCUCUGUGUCCUGUUGGUUGUGCGCUCACGGUGGCGUGUUGUGCCACAUCACAUGUCAGGCAGCUCCAGCGCGCAGAGCCGAGCGUGUUGUCCUGAAAAGAGCAAGCUGUCAGGAGCAGGAAGCAGCUCCACAACAACGGAAGCGAGCGUGUGUUGCGUUUCGGGACUAUUCCUCCUUUACUCUGGGUUAAAGGGGUUGAAGAAGAAGACGAACAUGCGCUCAACGCGCAGGUGAAGACAAUCUGCUCAUUAUCACCUCUGCAACUUUUCAGCUCCACACCUUUGGGCAAGAAUCGCGCGACAUUUGUUGUUGUUUUCUUUUUGGCUUACAUUCGUUAAAAAAAAUACUUCAGUUUUGUUUUUGUUUUUAUAAGAAAUGUCUCGCAAGAAGGCAGCAAAAGGUAAAGCGGGAAGCAGCAGCCCGUCUGCGGGCAGCCCCACCGGAAAAGGGACCGGGAAAACUGCGAGGAGCAGCCCGGGCAUCGUUCAGAUGAACGGCGUGGUCCACCCCAGCAGACCCUCCAUCAGCAACAGCAGUGAGUUUUACGACAUCGCUUUCAAGGUAAGACACCAGGAAAUCAGUGCGUAAAAGUGCGUUUAAUGUCACCACUUUGCUCAAGAAUAGAUGCCAAACAUGCAAAUGAAACAACCCCACCUUGGAGAUGAUGUAGAGACUUUGUUGUUCCCCUAAAGAAAGAGAGUUUUUCAAUAUAUAAGGUGUUAACUUGGUAUUGGACAGUAAAUUUCAUGUUGUUUUUGCUCCUUUUACGCAUUAAACAGAUCGAGCUCCUGACACCAGCUGUGUCAAUAUUGGAUCGAUAAUAAGAGAAGGUGCACAGCCCUGCAACAGCCAACAAAACAAAUCAUUUACAGCAACCGGUUGAGUGCAUAUGUGUGUGUGUGUGUGUGUGUGUGUGUGUGUGUGUGUGUGUGUUCUUCCUGAGCAGCAGCUAGGUUACUGGGUUUGCAUGUACUGAGCAGUGAUCUUUUGGCGUGCUUCACCUAACCAGAAUGUGAGCACUUGUGUGAGUAGAGAAGUGUCACUUGAACACAACACAAACAGUUUUCCCACCCACAGAUUCUCAGUGUGCUCUACCAUCAUAGCUCCAAGGGACUUGUGCCACCUCCUCCUCCGUGGUUUUGAAGCAGCUGUUUGAUGUGAGUGCAUGAUGGCUCUGUGUUGCUCUUUUUUUUUUUUUUUUUGUAGAACAAUUGAUCACAGCGGCCAAAGCAUUUCACCAUGUGAGCUGCUGGAGGAACAAUGUUGUCUUGAAUGAAUUCAACCUUCAGAUCAGCUAACAUUUUCAUGACUAAACUGUCAAAUGCAGCAUAUGUUUAUCAAUUUUCGAGAGAGAUUGAUCAUAUUCCAUUCCUACGUACAGCGCAUCUUCAAUUACUCAAGUUAAUUUCCCAUCUUCAUGUCCGAGCACGUAUAUUUCCUCCCCCGCCUCCUUAAUUAUAUCCAAAUAUAGCUUUAAAACCUACUUUGAUGUUGCAAGAGUGUUGCAAGGGUAGGGUACCUCAUUACCAGUGCAGCUUUGCAGGGAUUAACCUUUACUGUAUCCCCUUUUUUUCAGAGAAACGCCGAGGUGCGUGUGCCGUGUUUUCAUUACUGUUCCCUCUGAUCGUCUCUCUGCUUAAAGCCAGUGAGAAAAUUGAUUACUUAAUAUUUAUUAAAAAAAACCAAGGGCAGGGAGAGACCAGGUGCACAACCCUGCAGAACCGAGGGAAACAAACCAAAAAGACACAUUUGAACAACCAGUGUUGACGUGUGUUGUACAAUAACAUUAAAAUGUGCAUAAAAUGGAAAAAACAAAGGAAAAUGUAAUAACUAGAAGAUGAAAAUGAAAGGUCUGAGUGUCUUCUGUCUCGAGACUUUGACAUGUCUACCGUACAGAUAUAAAAGGUAAGCUAUUCCAGAGCGUCACGAUGGUCACCCUUUUUCCCUCAGCCUUCCAGAUGAUCUGAGAGCUCUGUGGGGAGGGAAGAAAGAGAGUGGAGGAAUUCAGAGAGACUCUGAGGGCGAGGUUAUAUGAAGCUCUGAAAACAAACAAAAAGAAGAACCUCGACUGACUGGAAGCCCCUGCAAGGUUGUGAGAGCAGCAGAGUCGUGCUGUAGUGUUGUGAACCGUUUGCCAACAACAGUAGGGACUUAGUGAUAGAGGGGCAUUACUUCAGAGCAGCCAGGAGGUAAUUAAAGCUGUGGAAACGGUUAUUAAACCAUUAAGCGAGAAAGCAGUUUGAGUCUGGCGCUGUUGCGUAAAAUGGAAACAGCAGCUUUGAACAACAGUGGUAAUUCAUCAGACAGAUUUAAAAACUGGAGUGAAGAUAAAGCCAAGAUUCAUUUUCAUUGAAGGGAUAUUCGGGCGUAAAAUUAAGUUAGGGUCAAACACACCAUAACAUUGAGUCAGACACCCCGUCGAGAGAUGAAUGUUGCAGAAGGCUUGCUUCUCUAGUUAUACCAACUUUAGUAAUGACCGCAGGAUAGCAAUACACAGAGCCACACGCUCAACCAAAACGCCGCUCUGUAGUCACAAAUAAUACUCAGAACAGCACCUAACUUCAUCAACAGGACAUAUAGGGUCACAGACAUACCACUAGCCACCAAACAUCUUUAUAACUUUGCCUGAUUUCUUUAGCAAAGAGACUAAACACAACUCACCUACUCUCUUCCAGCAGCCACUUGUUUGUAGCAAGACCUCAGGCCAGUCCAUUAUGGACUACAGCGGGGUGACACAGCUCAAGGAAGAACAUUUAUGAUCAUUUUUUUAUGGAAAUACAAUCAGACCGAGACACUGAGGCAGAGGAACUACCGCGUCUGCAGUGUAAAAUGAUUAAUAUGAUGAUUAUUACUUCAAAGAAAUGAUAAAGAAAUGAUCAUAAAUGUUCGUCCUCGAGCUGCGUCACUCCGCAGCAGUCGAUGGACUUGCCCAGAGGUCUCCGUGUCUCAGGAGUUGACAUUGUGGAGGUGGUGACUGAGCUGAGGGUUUAAUGAAAGGUAUAUCUGAGCACCGUCUGCAUGACAACUGUAUUAAAUGUUAUACCUUUGGAAAAAGGAAACAAGGAGGGCACAUGCAAAAGAGCUGUCACUCUUUAUCCAAAUCAGUGUUGAGUUAAUUUAGUUUCAGGGAGUUAUUUGCCACUCACUGUUUGAUAUUGUGAAGGUGGUGAUUGAUGUAAAGGUUUAAUGAAAGGUGUGUCUGAGCAUCGUCGGCGUAACAACUGUAUGAAAUGUUGUGCCUUUGGAAAGUGGAACUGAGGAGGGCACAUGCAAAAGAGCUGUCUCUUUUUUUAUCCAAAAUAGUGUUGAAUGAAUGACUUAAAAUGUCAUUUUGAAUGUAUCUGAACAUUGGCAUAUCAUGUUCUGCACUCUUUUCAAUAAUGAUUUUACUCUGGCGAGUAAAGAGCAAACAAUACAGGCCCAGAUACAGAGCCUUGAGGUACUCCACAAGUGACAAGGGCAGCUAGAGACCACCAGAUUGGCCAGAAAAGGAUCUGUCUCCUAAAUAGGAUGUGACUGACUAGAGAGCACAGCCCUGGAGACCAACGUGGUGGGUCCAAAAGAUUAAAAUAGCAGAGUUACCAGAGUUUAGAGAUAGCAGGAGGUCUUGAAACCUUGAGCAAAGCAGACUGUGCGGCUACAUGCUCCGAACUUGGUCCCUGAUGUUACUGUUUUCAAGAAAUUAGAGGAGCCGACAAUAGAACAAGAAAAAAGGAGAAAAUUCAAAGUAAACCAAAGCAGAUGAGAUCUUAAGACAUAUCGGUUCUCCCUGUUCCAGCAGUUCAUACAUAUUUCUGUCUUGUAUCUUCUGCCUCUGUGCUCCCAGGGACCCGUUUGAUUUCCUUGGUCUUAAAAAAUGUCUUUCUUGAUUUUUUUUUUCAUGUUUUUGCACAUUGGUAUAUCAUGUUCUGCACUCUUCUCAAAUAUAGUGCAAACAGUACAGGCCCAAAUAUAGAGCCUUGAGGUACUACACAAGUGACAAGGGCAGCUAGAGACCACCAGAUUGGACAGAAAAGGAUCUGUCUCUUGAACAGGAUGUGUCUGACUGGAGAGCAUAGCCCUGGAGACCAAUGUGGUGGGUCCAACAAGAUUGAUAUAGCAGAGUUACCAGAGUUUAGAGAUAGCAGGAGGUCUUGAAACCUCGAGCAAAGCAGACUGUGCGGCUACAUGCUCCGAACUUGGUCCCUGAUGUUUUUGUUUUCAAGAAAUUAGAGUAGCUGACAAUAGAACAAGAAAAAAGGAGAAAAUUCAAAGUAAACCAAAGCAGAUGAGCUCUUAAGACAUAUCUGCACCCCCUGUUCCAGCAGUUCAUACAUAUUUCUGUCUUGUAUCUUCCUCCUUUGUGCUCCCAGGGACCCGUUUGAUUUCCUUGGUCUUUCUUGAUUUUUUUUUUCAUGUAUUUGAGCAUUGGUAUAUCAUGUUCUGCACUCUUCUCAAAUAUAGUGCAAACAGUACAGGCCCAAAUAUAGAGCCCUGAGGUACUCCACAAGUGACAAGGGCAGCUAGAGACCACCAGAUUAGACUGAAAAGGAUCUGUCUCUUUAAUAGGAUGUGACUGACUGGAGAGCACAGCCCUGGAGACCAACGUGGUGGGUCCAACAAGAUCAAUGUAGUAGAGUUGAGAGAUAGCAGGAGGUCUUGCAGGGCAGAUUCUGUGCAGUUAUGUGCUCCGAAUUUUGUCCUCGAUGUUAUUAUUUUCUCUAAAUAAUAGUUGCUGACAAAAGAACAAGAAAAAGGUGAAAAUUCAAAACAAGCAAAAGCAGCCUGUUCCCUGUUCCCUGUUCCAGCAGUUCAUGCAUAUUCCUGUCUUGUAUCUUCUUCCUCUGUGCACCCAGGGACCCUUUUGAUUUCCUCGGUCUUAAGCCUUAACCUGAUAACAGUAAUCGCAUCAAACCUCUGCGUCCAUCCCCGACUCCAGAUUCACUUAUUCAAGACUGUGUGACAGGAGUGUGGCUCAUUCGUGUCAGUGCAUUUAUACGGUUUAGUAAAUUCACACACUUUCAGAGUGGACAUCUUCAACCGGUGGACAUGAUGACACACUCAUUCAUGAGCCAACUCCACUGGCCAAACACCAAAAAUACCACGACUGAUUCAACCACAUGAUUCAAAUGUUCUGUGUCUUUUUCUAAAGACGAAGAGUGACGGGCUGAUCUAAAUUUGAACACGUCUCAUUUCAACGCUCCCUCUCUGUUGUCCUUGUUUCAGAUUUGUCUGACAUUUACCUCCAUCGAUCUGACUCAGUCUAAGCUCCGUCCCUUUGAGCCUCAUUUUUGCGCUUCUUAGUUUUGCCUUCCGGUUGUUCCGUCUGACUUUUUUUUCCCUCUUGGUUUUUUUUUUCCUGCGUAGGUAAUGCUGGUUGGAGACUCCGGGGUGGGAAAAACGUGUCUACUGGUCCGUUUCAAAGACGGAGCCUUCCUGGCCGGCAGCUUCAUCUCCACUGUUGGCAUCGAUUUUAGGGUGAGUUUGAAAUUCAUGAAACAAACGAGCAUAAAACUGACAGCCCCUAUCGUUUAAAGCCCACACACACUCUCUCAGGUCUGGUACCUAUUUUUAAAACAGGUCAUAUAUAAUAGGAGUUAACCUGUCUUUAGCACGUGCCUACAGGCUAUGGAGAGUUCCUGUGUUAGCCUCACCAGAUAGGAUAUUGAUUUCUUAAAUUAGUUCGACAUGCUUUCGUUUUCUAGCCUCUCAUGUGCCACUUCUCUUCUCCCUCUUGGGCGGGCAGGAAAGAACGUGUCCGUCUUUGCUUUUCUAACGAUCAAACUCAGGCGAUCACUCAGAGCAGAGCAAACAGCAGCAGAGCGGCAAACAGACGCUGUCACCGCCCUCAAAUAUUAGAGCGACCUUAUCUGAGGUGUCAUGGCAGCAUUGGCUAACUAUGGCAUUUAAGGCGGGGUGGGCAGGAAUCCCUUAAAGAAGCAACUUUUUUUGAGGUGUAAAUAGAUGUUAGUUAUUGAUGACAUUUGGUAAUAUAAUGAUAUCGCUGUGUUUAGUUAUGUCUUUGUAGUCAACAUUUUAAAAUUUCAGUGUUCCGCUCUUUCCCCGCCUCCCCCAACCUGAUUGGUUGUGAGGCGGACGCUGCUCCCCGUGUCGUUCAGGAGCCCAAACAAAGUUAGCGCGCUACAAUAUCGGACAGUAGAAACCAACCAGAAAGUUCAGAAAAUUGUCUGAAUCCUCCUUUAGCCACGACCACCGACACAAGCAAGAAAACGAAGUAAAUACUGGAGGCUCUACAGGAAUAAUGGGCACUUAAAAAGGAAGUAGACCGGACAAGAGCUAAAAAGCCGGAUCAACAAUGAUGGGGGACACUUUGGGAUCUUACUGACCCUGUAACCUUCUGCUGGACAGGUAAACCGCUUUAACAAAGCACGCCAAGUGUCUGUAACAGAAGUGUUUCUUGUCAAACGGGACCUGCUGCGUGUUGUAGCGCCGCAACAAGUAUGUCACUUUAUCCUAGUUGUAGAAGUCCUGCAAACAUUGUGUUUGCUGGUCGUCUGUUGGCAUCUACAGUAGCACCAAUGCUUUUUACUUUCACCUUGACUUGGCUCCAUUUGUAAUUAUCUGAAGUAUUUAUCUGCAUUAUAUCUGAAUUUAAUUGGAACGAUACGAGCGAGCAGGAGCGUCUGUUUGUGGGCGGGGCUUGCUGGAGGGGAGGAGCUGAGGGGAAAACUGGUUGCGAGGUGUAGAGUUUACAUUCAAGAUUUCUCCCAAAAACUGUCACUUCCUCAGAUCCUGCCUACCCCAAAUUUAAUCAAGAAAAUAUCCUAUUUUCAAUUUUCCCAUAGAGAUAAAGACGCCAAAAAGGCAGGAGUCAGUUUUCAGGCCUUAAAGCUCCCGGUAGGAGACAGAAAUGAACAGUAAUGUCUUUUUUAUGAUGUACAAACGCAAAGUGAACCAUCAGCAACAAUUUCCACGUCUUAAUUUUAACGCCUGCAACAGGAGAGGCAAUUACAGAAGAUUACUUUACAAAAGCAAAACAGGACUUCUUUAUCUGUGGAGGAGUGAUAUUUAUCCACAUGAGGAAACCUCUGAAUUUAAUAUCAGACACUUUUAUAAUAAUGUGCUUUACAGUAAUUGAGUGUUAGCAUACCAGACUGUAUCUAGAUGAUUUCUCACUGUGGCUCAUAAUCGCAGUAAAGAUGUCUGUAGGUGACUUUAAUAAUAAUAAUAAUGCAUCAGAUUUCAUAUAGCGCUUUAUCAGAGACCCUCAAAGCGCUUUACAUUGGAUACAUCAUUCAUUCGCUCACACAGUCACACUUUGGUGGUGGUGGAAACGUGGCUGCCAUUCUGCGCCUACGGCCUCUCCGACCACCACCACACAACACUCACAAUCAUACACCAGUGGAGGACACACACUGGGAGCAAGGUGGGUUAAGUGUCUUGCCCAAGGACACAACGGACAGAGUUGGAUUAGGGGGGAAUCGAACCGCCAACCUUCCGGUCCUUGGACGACCGCUCUACCUCCUGAGCUAAUGCACUUCUGUUGUUAUCAGAAUAACGUUGAUGUCGAAUUCAUCAUACCUGACAAGGGCGCACACGACCGCCUCCCAAAUAAGUUGUUAUCUUGUGUGCACAAAACAACUUUUCAGAUCAUAACCUUGUUGGAUCAUGAUAAAGCUACAGGGGCUCAUAGAUUUGAAGGACAAGUUCUGUAAAGAGACGAAACGUACGACUGUCCGAAGCUCUUAUUUCACCUUAUUUUUCCACACGUAUUUAAAUUCUCUCCUCUCGCCGACCUGCUCCCGUAUUAAAAAUGAUCCAUGUCCCCCUCAUUCCUUUUAGUAAGUGCGUGUCAGGCGCUCGGUGAACCCUCCAGAGCUCGUUGAAAAGCUUUCUGUGAAUCUAUCUUGACUUUAACCGUUCACCUGUCCCCCUUUACCUUUUUAAAAACUGUAAAUUAAACUAUUUCAAAAAGCCUUUUUUUUUUAAGUCCGGAGGUGAAACCAUUGCAUAAAGAGCAACAUCAGAUCCUUUGUACUCUUGGGAGGUAGUCUCACAUGGACCACUGCUGUGUGUGUUUGAAAGUGUGUAACCAUUGUAUAGUCGUGUGUGCGUGGGCUGGAUGACUUUGUGGGUGGAUCAGCAGCUGAUUUAUUUACUUAUGUAACCUCUCUUAUAACACCGUCUGUAGUCCUAAUGUACAUUAAGCCUAUCUCGGUUACAGCUGAUGGAGCGAAAAGAACCAAACUCCUAAACUUUAAUGCUUAGUCUGCUCUCUGUCAUAUUGACUUAUUAUUUAAUUGCGGUGUUUCACAGUCCUGCGUCACAUGAAUAAUUUUAUUAUCAUUCUAAAAGCUCCCAUAUUCUUCCACAUGGCUUCUUGUUUAAUGCUUCUGCUUUUCCCCGCAAGUUCAUCUCAGGAUCCUCUCUGACGUUUUUAAAAGAGAUGUUAAGAAGGAUCCAGAGCGUCAAGAGGACGGAGUUUAAAACACACACGUUUUAAGUUACUGCGUGAAUCUUCCUGAACCGUGUUUCUGAGAAGUUUUGAGAGCAGGACUUAGUGGUGCUGAAGAAAAAUGAAGGUUGUCUUUGUUUGUCUUCCCAUGGAGAAUACACAGAGGCUGAGAGUGAUCGUUAUUUUUAGGAAAGACAGUUUUUCAUCCCGUCUAGUUGGUGGGAAAAAGAGGCAAUUUGUCUCGUAUGGGGAUUUGAUCCGCUUCCCACUUCAAAGCCGCGGCGAGAUGCUAUGGUUUCUACCCCCCCUCUUGUUUAUUGUGGACUCAUCUCAUUUAAGCCCCAGCAUGUUCUCAGGAUUACAGAACUGCUCUGGUGCCUUGUUAGGCUUAAAAUACAGUGAGUCAGAGAGAAGAAAGAUUGCGCUGUGGUAAUUGCAUUUGAUUGUAAAAUCUCCCAAGAAAGGGUUCGAAAACAAAGAUGCAGCUAAUUUCAUCAAUACCCUGUGGAUUUUAACCUUGUUAUAUCAUCUUUUUCUCAACUUGUUUCCGUCAAAUAACAACUGCUGAACACUGAUAGGAAUAAUCACCAAUCAUGUAAUGCCAAGAGGUGAGUUUAGGACAUAUUGGCCUUCAUAUAUCAAACGAACUUAUGGCAGAAAACUGUCCGUACGACCAUUUCCAUGCAAGGAUCGGCAGUUAUUAAUUUGGAUGUGAGCGUACGAUACGGUCAAAUCUCACGACAGGUCUCACAUCGUGUAUGCAAGUUCGAGUAAGCGAAUAACUGAUAAACAAACCUCAAACCUGUCAUUAAGCACAAGCAGCCAAAUUUCACUAAAGAUUAAUAGACAAAUAAAAUUAAAUAAAACUUGUUUGAUAUGCCUUUCUAGUGCAAAGGCCUAUUUGAUAACCCUGCCGAUAAACACUGCCACAGAGCAGGAGCACCGUUUAACGCACGCACACACUGAACCAUGAAUAUUAAAGGGCGGGACAUGUUAGUGAAGAUAGAUUUUAGCCGGCGCAGUUAUUAAGACCCGAUCAUUCGUAUGCUGGGAUUGGUCGGAUACGAACCCUUUUAUAAAUCUCACGUAUGUCCUAUCGUACAAUGAAUCCUGCGCUCAGAUCUACGCAAGAUUGAUAAAUGAGGGUCAUUAUGUUAUCACUGACAGGUUUGAUUUUUAAAUGAGGCUUUUAAUCCUGAUUUAUCAUGACAAAGUUGAGCUUUUUAAACACUUUAUAAACUUUGAAUAUUUUUAAAAUACCUCAAAAAAUUUCCGUCAUUUGUAGCACAGCCAAAAACAUCAUUUCCUGACAAGGGUGGCCAACCAGAAGUUGGGCCCUGGCCACCCUGGCUUACCUCCUGAAGCCGCCCCUGCAACCUAGCCGAAAUUACCUCACUUCCUUCAGCAAACCACACACCCCACUAUGACACAACAUUACAGAUGCAAACUCACACAUCUAUGCUUUGCGUUGUGCUUAUUUCAUUUUUGCACACUGCCCACAUUGAGCACAUGAGCAUACGUUAAGCGCACAACAAAGUCGUAUAUCAGAGCAUCAAGGUGGUCCGUGCCGUGUGACCAGCACAGCUGCUGUCUGCUGCUUGGUCACACAAGCUCUGUUCUCACUUUCUCUGCAUCACGGUUUGUAAACACCGUUUAAAACUCGCCCCGUAUUAUUGUUUCUAAGGGCUUUUUUUCGGAGUCAGACAUUUGCAUUUAAAGCAGGAGAGUGGAAAUGGAUUUGCAUAAAAAAUGAGCUGCACGCUUAAGUCUCUCCAUUAAUUGCGAACAUUACAACACUACCUUUGACUGCCCUACUUUUAAUUAGAUGUUACUCAACACUUAAAAAUGUCAUAUUUGCAUAAUAGAGGUUAAAUUAAUCACCUUGAGGUUUUGCCUUGAAGAACCAGAGGAUUCGGCACACGUGCAAACAUGCAGCAUGUGCAGGACAUCUGUUGCCAUGGCAGUGUAGGUGCUAACCGACAGGCAGGUGACUGAGAUUGACCGGAGGCUGGAGCUCGUCUUUGAAAGCUUGAUGCACAUCAAAGUCUUGGCUUUAGUUUGCUGUUUUCUAUACCCCAGUCUGAUGGCGUUUAGGCUGUAUAUGAAAGGCAUCAGGUGGGUGUUAUUAACUCCCGCGGCUCAGUCAGAAUUGUGUUUCUUUUGUUGAGUGAAAAGCACCUCUGAUGUGUUUACGCUCCAGCCUGCAGUUAGAUGUAUAGAGAGAGAGGUGGGUUCAUAACAUGCAUGGUUAGACACAAGCAUACAGAGGUGGCAUUUUAGUUUCUCAAGGUUGUUUUCUUUUUUAUUGUCUUUAUUUUCUUUCCCCCAUGUCACUCAAACUUCUUCCACCUUCACAGAGAGGCAUUUCUGCAGGAGACCUCUGUAGUCUCUGUUUAAAAGAAAUCCGAAAUAUCUCCACUGGACUCACAGAAGGAUAACCAGCAAUUACCUACUAGAGAUCUCCUGCAGGCUUUUCUUAUUACCAAGGUCUGGUACUUCAGAGUGCAGAUGAACAAAUUCAUCUCUUUUACCUCGAAUAAAAACACAGACAGCAUGGAGACGGUCUGUUUGUUUGGAGCCUCUUUUUUUGCGCCGCAUUAUAAAUUAAUUGGACAACCAUGGGAUAUGAAGCUAUUGGAGAUGAAAGCUGAUUUAAAAAUAAAUGUUUAUAUGGAGUGCCAGGCUUCAGUGUCCUCAUCAUGUGCAGCCAGACACCCCUUGGAAACCUCAGCAAACAACAGCUGUGAGCUUAUUUGUCAAUCAGCUGUUAAAAAAAUCCCCAAAAACUCCAUUAAAAUUUUAGGUUGUAACAAAAUCAGACGUGAAAUAUCUCAAGAGGGCUGAGCACUCAUCCGAUGCAAAGUCAAAGUGUUUAAUUAAAUCAAAAAACUGGAGUUUUGGUGUUGGAGCUCCUCUACAAUGGCCGAAGAAGAAUAAAGCAGUCAAAAAAUUCAAAGCUUUGUGUCGGUUUCAGAGUCAUUUCGGAUUAAUUAGUUUCCCCAUGUGCUGGCUGGAAAACAGAACUGUCGUGCUGUUUGUCUGGCCGAAACUUAACAGCACGCUUUGCUGGAUCUAAGCUUAUUAUUUCGUGCCACAAACCCUCUUUAUCCUUUCUCAACUAUUUCUGAGGGAAGAACAAAACAAACAGAAAAUGUUUUUUAUUUGUUACUUUCUCACUCUGUCUGUGGCACUCAGGCCAAGCCUGUUUAAUUAAGCUUGAGGAAAACUCUAAAUUCAAGAAAACACAGCACAUUUAUGUCCUGAAAACCGUCUCUUUAUCAGGUUUGGAGAUAACUUUACUAGAGUAAGACAUACAAAGCGCAAAUUGAGGCCUAUUCUGCAUGUUUUACUCUUUAACUGAGUCCAAAUUAGUCGGAUGAAUUUCUGGCAUGUUAGAAAUUCUGGUCAGUUAACUUUUCUUGCACAGUGAAAGCAUCGCCAUGACCUGAUUCCCUGAUGACAGGGUUUUAUUCCCCUGUUUGUGCCUGUACAUAUUGAAGACAGCAUCUUAAAGCACCAUGGCAACACGUCACAUGAUGUCGACAACUUAAAAGGACAUAGGCAUACAAUAAUCAUCCAAAACCUUCUGACCACCUGAUAUAAUAAACAUGAUAAGUUGUUUGUGUGCUCCUUACUUUUUCAACUUGGGAGCGUCAAGUGUCAAGCCCUGAUGUGUCGUCCCUGAUAUUUAAGAUCUGGGGUAAAUGUGGUCACAGAAAACAGUCAGUGCAUGGAGCUCUCCAUGGUGCUGAACUUCUUCUAACUGGGGCUCAACAGCUUGCAAAUCUGUGAAUCUGGAAAUAUAUGACACGCCAGCCUGUCUAACUUAAUCUGCUGCGAUCACAUUUCCACACACUGAGGAGCUGAUAUCAAUUUCCCCGCCAUAAUUGUCCGAAUCCAUCAUUCUUUCGCAGAUUGCUUGUUUCUUUUUUAUCAGAGACUUUCCUUCACAGCUCAUGGUUUUGCAUUUUGAGCCCAUCCUGGUUGGAUACUGUUUACUGUUUUAAAUGUUCACGCCUGGAGCUCUUCAAAUGCAGAUACAGUUAAUCCCACUGUUAGAAAUAGCAGCGGGAAAUUUGGAGACUUGAUCUUUCCUGUAAACAUAAUGAGUCCCAAAGGUUAUUCAUUACCAAAACAAUAUCCUCGUCUUCAGCAAGGGUUUCUUUUUUAGAGGUCAAAAUAUCCUCAUCCGCGGAGGCUCUCAGUGGAUUUUCUUUGCGAGUCAAAAAGAGGGCAAUAAGUGUUGAAGAAAUCUUGGCAAAGAAAUAAUAUCAGGGAGGCACAAAUAUGCACUCAGGGGCAGCCAAUUUCCAUUUUACACACAACUCAUAAAACUCAAACAAGCUUCUCCUCUCAGGCAAUCAGGCAAAAACAACCUUUCCUCCUCUCUUUCCCACAAAAGAUCUGCCUCACCUCCUGACACUAAAGGCGAGUAAUCCAGCAAUCCCCUCAGCUGACGUAAAUCCAGUGUUGGGGGGGAAGAAGAGCGGCACAAGGGAGCUGCCCCUGAGCUGUCAGUUAUGUCUGCUGCGCCCCGAGUGGCACACCUAUUAUGUAACCACCACAGAUUUCACCUCCCUGCACCCAGAAUAACUUCUUUGGACUCAAAGAGAGAAUGACGCCAAAGGACCUCAGGAUGAGUAAAAACAUCAGAGAUUUUUGAUCUUGUGGCAGUAUCGAGUUUGUUGGUCAGACUUAAGGUUCUUUCACACCGGGAGCGUUUUUUUCGCGCGAUUAUUUCAGACAUCAGUAUUUUUUAUGAACAACUAUCCUGUCAAUACAAGCGUUCACAUCAGCGAUGUUUUCCCGUCCUGCGAUAUUGUGGCAUUUAUUUUUCGUAUCACGGUCGAAUUUUCUCAAAUUUCGCAUACUGUGUGUCCACUUCUGACCAAUCAGAUUGCGUGUUGUUGCGACGUCAGAUUCACCGGUAUAUCCAACAUGGCCGACCGGCUGAUUGUUUACGUGUCGGAGAACAGAGUGCUUUUUGAUAAAAGACACAAACAUUACAAAGAUAACGACCUGAAGGACAACUUGUGGAGAGCCAUAGCGUCGGAUUUCUCAUAUGACGAUGGUUUGUGAGCUUUAAAAGUUUGAUAAACAUCUUUGUUUUCACUUUCAUCUGUGCUAAGUAACUUUAGCUCGUAAGCUAACCUGUUCAGAUACAACAUACCAUGACAGACAGCCAUCUCAACAUUAGUGUCUAAUCAGAACUGAAGAACAGUCAGUCUGCUGUCGUGUCAGUCUUCUCACUUCCACCGGGGCGCGUCUUUUUUUUUCCCCCAAGAAAGUCGGAAAAUCGCAUCAAGCUUGAUGUGUAUCGUCAGGUGAGUCAAAAUCAGCCUCCAAAUAUUUCAUAAUUUUGCAUCGUAUCGUUCCCGGUGUGUAGGGACCUUUAGGGUUGCAAAAUUUCGGGAAUUUUGGCAGAGUUGGGUGACCAAACAAGGUUUCACCUACCUGAGAGGUGGGAGCCUUCGUGCGGUUCCUUCUUGUGAAGCUUUUUCCCUCGUUCAUCGUGGACAAAUGAUGCAGUUUGCAAGAAAACUGGCAGAUUUGAUGUUUAUUUUUGAACUGUAUUUUUUUUUUUAUUUUGUUAUCUCCAUUCACCCUGUUCUAGACAGCACCGCUGUAGGUGACUGCUGAAAAGCAUGGUGUUAAAUGUAAACAAAUGCUGUUGUCAGGGAAACCACAGGCUUCCAAGGCUUCAACUGACCACAAAAACAUUAACAAGUACUGCUCUAAGAUGGCUGCAGUCUUGACGCAUCCUGGAUAGGGUCGUGAGGCAUCUAGUGUUAUGAUAUAUCUACGCGUAAACCUGACCCUCCUAUUUGAAAGACGACCAACUUUACCGUCUUUUCUUCUUCAAAGUUAACAGGAUGCACAUGGAGUUUAAAAUCACAGAUGUGAUUAAAACUCGUCCAAACUCACUGUUUUUUUUUUUUAAUCCACCCUGAGGUGUUUGAGUUUUUUUUUUAAAUAGGAGACUCAAGCUGCUGGCAAGAACUGAUGUAACACGCUGCCAUUGUCGCAGCACCUGCAUACAUAACAUGAACAAGCUGUUGACUUUGUUUUCCACUUUGUUGCAUUAGAUCGAUGGAAACUCGAUCCAGAAUCCCCCGUUUGUGACAUGAAACACCUUCUAGUCAGGACUGGAUUGAUCACAGCUGAGAAAAGAGGAGUAGGAUUAAACUUUCUGUUUGAGGUCAAGAACAGGUUCAGAGCGAAGGCUAAAUGAUGAGAUCCUACAUUGAAUAUACCUCACUCUCUCUGAUGUACAUGUUCCCUUUGGAUGCUGUGACAUUAUUUUUCUCCAUCACCCUAAUCAGUGUUUCUGUUUCUAUAAAGGAACUAAAAACAUCCUGUCACCAUCACUUUUCAGUCUCCUUGGCAACUGCCCAAGGUUUUCAAGAGACUCUUAUUGUGCCGUCUCACCCUGCUUAUUAUGGUCAGUUCAAGUGGAAAAACAACUUCUUUUUUUUCCUGUGCACCAUUGCUCAGAUUCAAUGCUUGACCAUCAUUAUUAUUAUUAUUAUUCAUGUAUCAACCUCCCUGACUGAGAUGCAUGACCGACCUUGUAUUCCUUGCAAUUGUUCACUCAUAUUGGCAUGCAGCAUCCACCAGAUUAUUGAUACUUUCCCAGUAGCAGACAAUUUGUCACCCCGGAAUGAAGAGGUGGUUACAUAUAGUUGGCAAUAAAGCCAGUCUCAACAGAGCGCUCUCUCCAGCCAACAACAGAUCCACGCCACACCUCUCGCUCUGCAAUGAUUUACUUAAAGCACUCCAUCAAACAGUGAUCGAUAAAAUGAUCCUGACAGCUUAAAGAUGCAUAAAUCACACUUGGCAUACUAAUUUAUCCUGGCCUGUUUUGAGUCGGAGCUGUGGGGAAGACCUUGACCUUAAGAUGGGCUGCAAAGGUAAAGAGGCGUCUUUGUGAGUCAGAGUUUGUGUUCAUCAUUGAAUAAAAUGUGAAUGGACAAAUCCAAGGCUGUUAGGUAUCGGUGAUCCAUGUGGGAGCUGAGCUGACUGUGAUCCCCUGUGGGUGAUACUCUAACUCGGUGCGUUUACAUGCACAGCUUAAUCAGACUAAACUCAUAAUUUGUUUUUUUCACCGAAUUGGACUUCUCUCCUUGUCUGCGUACACAUGCAGCUGAGAAAAUCGUAUUAUUGACAUGAACGUGUCGUCCUCCCCAAAACUAGGGGAUGAUAUGGGUCUUUUCAGUGGCCCUGUUUCUGGUUGACCCCAUACAACUGUCAACAACAACAGCAGGUCCGUGUCCGACGUCAGAAGUGGCAACAACUGCUGCUGGGCAUUUUCGAGCAAGAAGAUGGAGCAUCGUACAGCGUUGUUUUUGUCGUACAUAUGUACAUGUGCUACUUUUUCUGCAGAUUAGAUGCACGCUACUCCUUCUCUUUGGUGUUUUUGUUCCGGGGUUACGGGGGCGUGGUGCACACGCACAUGUAUUGUCCUAUCAUACUCCGACUACGCCGGUUACAUGGUAGAGAAAAUCGUAUUCCAGUCGCAUUGUCUGGGUGUCUUAAUCAGAGUUCUCCAAUUUCACUCAAACUCUGAUUAUAGUCGGACUAAGGUGUCACUUCAGUUGUCCGGUCUUAAUCAGAGUCAGUCAAGAAUUUGGUUUUCUCGAGUGUCACGUAAACGUACUGACUGUUGACUAGCAUUUCGCACAGUCCUACCUAUAAAACAGGACCGUCCCUCUAAAGGUGGAUCUCAAACCUCAUUUCUCAAACUUUUUGAUUACCUUUUAAAUUUUGUACACACAUACAUUAAUCUUAAAGGAUGAUCCCAAUUAGCCUUUAUAGUCCUUAUACUGUCUUGAGGUCAAGAAGACGAUGUUGAUGCUUAAAUAUUUCAGUCAUGAGACAUUCGGUAUCUCCAGAUGAUGCACCAUAGUGAUCUCUAGAUUUAACCAGUAUGACAUGAAUUUGGAGAUGGAGAAAUUUAUGUAAACAACGUGCUGAUCUUCUGACUUUAUGGUUGCACCAGCAGUUGUUAGUUUAAUUUUGAGAUAAAAAGAUUGUUUCGGUUCUUCUAUAAUUAAAAUCAAUAAGACAUUUAGAAAAUUGAGGCUAGUUUUGGUGUUGGUGUGGCGGUCUGUUUAAUAAUUAGGUUUUCUUUAUAUCUGAGCCACUUGAAAGAAAUUUCCUUGACAUUUUUAUGACCUGCUCCAAGGUAGUGAACGUGGUCAACGUUAUUGUGGUCCAUUUUAACACUCAAAAAGUACCACGAGAAUUGAAGCUGAGCAGUAAGUUAAAACGAAUUUAAAGUGCUCAGAAAUUCUUUAUUUCUUCUCCCUUUACUCCAACCCCACAAUAAAAAAUAUACAUGUUUUUAUUGUGCAUGUUACAAAGUCACUUAUUUUCUAAUCAACAUUCAGAGAAAAGUCAAAAUGAUGCACAGUAUAUUCAACAUGGCCAAACACGGGAUCAGGUUUACUUUACAGGUUCACAUCCUCAUUCCAGUGCUGGUUACACAUUCCUGCAUCAAGUGAUUAUAUCCUAGUUUAACCACACACAGUUUAAAUACACCUUUAACUGUGUUUGUUUGAUCGUAAUACUCCCAAACUACAACAGGCUACAAGGUGCCGCCUGUCAUCUGUGUUUGUUUACAUCCAGGUAGUAGAGCAACAUUGCGGUAAUUCCUUGGCGGCUGCGUUAGAGCUUAAACACAACAAAUAACCAGCAUUUACACUAACUGAUUAUUAAUACUGGUGCUGACUUAAUUAGCCAAAACACAUAAAACACAUGCGUUGUUAUCCCUCUUUAGUACCCCUCACCUCCAUCUUCUUUGUUUCCCCUAAAAAGGUCACCCUUGAUGACCUCUUGACCCCUUUUCGUAGCACAAGUAAAACCAGAAGUCUCGCACCUCGCCGAAGGAGCUGAGGCGUAUGAAUCCAAGUUUCCAUUUUUAAGCACAGCGAGAGGCUUUUACUCACAACAGACGGCCCUCUUUGAUUCAGACUUCACAUCUCUGUGAUGUUAUUUUUGGGUGUACUUGGUAUGUAUGCGGGGGAGGGGGAUAUGAAUCAGGCAUCUGCAAAAUCAUCUCAUAAGAUAACUUGAAGUGGAGUCACAUUCUGGCACAUCUAAGAACAUCACUUCCUUUUCGCUUUACGGUGCAUUAAAAAUAGAGUGCGCAAUAUUUGACCUCCUUAUUAGACACUUUCAAAGCCAAAAAAACAACGAGGGAAAGAUUUCCUUUAACAAAAAAGUGACAAAGAGAAGAAGGAGGAGAUGGCGUGGCGCGGACGGGUUAACAGAGUCACAAAGCUGUCAAUCUCCGCGUCUGAGACCUUGAAGAUAGGACAAGGAGAUCAUUUACCGCUAUAUGCUCGCCAUUCACACUGCAUGACUUCACUUCCUUAAUAUAACGAGGACAUAAAGGUGUUCAGACUCCUGCAUACAUUGUGCUUUAAUAUCAACCUUUUCAUUUUAAAGGUUGUCACGUUAUAAUGUGCACAGUGGCGGGCUUUUUACAUGCAUCCUAAUCACCUCAUGAUAAAUUAAUCACAGUAGGGGGAAAUAAUGCGUCUUAUCUAAGGUGACCGACUCCUCAGAGUGAGUGUUCGUCAUCUACUAAGUAUCACCUGAUCAGAACACGAACAGAGCGUAAGGUGGGCAUCCCUUGCCGUUAUGUUUACUGUAUGUGUUCAUGACAAAAACAGGCUUUGUCUGUCAGUCUGGAGCUCUCCGUGUUUGAUGUUCUCUGUCACACCGGCUGAAAUUAAAGCCGUAAACAUUGAUUUCUGGCCUGACCUCUGACCUCCGUAAUGCCGAGUCAAUCAUCCCACCUAGAUGUGGGAUUCAUUGGCGGAGUGGUCUUGUCAUUCUGUGGUAAACAGCGUGUUGUGGGUUUUUGCCGAAAGGCCGGGUUCCUGGUGUUGUGGUCAAUAGCAUUGAUAAGAGCUUAGUGUCUGAAAGUCAAUCCUCUGAUCCCAGCUGAGCCAGAAAGAGAUGAAAUUAAAUUUUGAUUCUCAUCUGAAAAACUUAAAAAACAGCCGUUUUAUGAUCUCUGAUAAAAUAUGACGCCUCCAUCAUUGGAGUAUUGAUGGAAGAUUAAAACCAGUCUCUGAAGUGAGAUACUGGUGCGUUUUUUUCUGUUCGAUUCCACUCAGUCACACAUUCAGCAGCACAUUUAGAGGCUGUCAAUGACACACACAUGUUCGCGCAAAAUACACAAACUCACACCGAUAACGAUGCUCAACAGAUGUGGGAGCUGUUAAUGAAGCGGGGAGAUCCAGGCGGAUUGUCUUCAUCCGUCUCUCUGACAUCACUAGAGGCAGAAAAAAAACGGUCGCGAAAGCUGGCACAGGCGCCGUCGCCGUGUGUUUUGGGCGCAGGCGGUGUUGUUCAAAUGCAGCACGUUUUCACUGUAAAGCUUAGAAGUUGUUGGCCCCGGCGAGAAAAGGGAUUAGAAAAUAAGCCGCAAGGAGGAGCGAGCUGAUAACUGGGAGCAUCCUGUUAACUGCUGCGUGUUAUGUUUGAAAUAGAGCAGCAACAGCUUGUCGACUAAUUGAUCAGACGUCAGAUGAUCAUGGUUAUGUAAUUCUCAGACACAUAGAGGUUAAUCGGUAUUUCAUAUUCGAUCCUGGAAACAUGGAAACCUCAAUUUGAAUCUUGAGGCUAGAAAUUUGCUGAAAUGGGUGCAAUAUGAUCACAUUUUUGGGUCUGUUUUAAAACCGUAAGUUUAAGGGAAUGGAUGGACACCAAUGAGAGACACACUUGAAGUUUUGCAACAGGUAAAUGUAUGGAAACGUUCUUUUACCGGAAUUCCUGACGAAACAGCUAAAGGUCCUUCUCGCUAAGCUCAGACCCAAAUUAAAGUCUUUUAGAAAACCAGCUGCAAAGGAAUUCCUGUUUUUCUUAAAAAAAAGGAACCCUCCCAUGCAGGGCUGCAACGAUUAGUCGAAGGCGAGACUCUCGAUUUGCCGGUCGAUCUACGUGCCGAUCCUCACCCAUGGUCAUGAACUUUGGGUAAUGACCGAAGAACAAGACUGCGGAUACAAGCGGCCGAAAUGGGUUUCCUUUUCAGGGUGGCCAGGCUCAGAAUUAGAGAUUGGGUAAGGAGCUCGGACACUCCGGAGGUGCCCAGAGUAGAACCGCUGCUCCUCCACGUCGAGAAGAGUCAGCUUAGGUGGCUUAGGCAUCUGGUUAGGAUGCCCUCUGGACGUGUCCCAUUAGAAAUGUUCUGGACAUCUCCCACCAGGAGGAGACCUUGCGGCCGGCCCAGGACCAGGUGGAGGUAUUAUAUCUCUCGCCUCGCCCGGGAGUGCCUGGGAAUCCCUCCGGAGGAGCUGGUGGAAGUGGUUGGGGUCAAGCUGCUGCCCCCACGACCCGGACUCGGAUAAGCGGAAGAAAAUGACGAUGACGACCUUGGGUAUCAUGGCAGCACGUCGAGAUACACGAACAUUUGAGGAGAAGGCAAAUAAUUAGUCCGAUUAGUCGACUAAUUGUUUCAGUUAUCGGUCAGUAGUCCUCAGUUGCAGCCCUACUUCCAUGGCCUCACGUCUGCAGCGUUUUGGACUCCCAAACUUUGUUGGGCAUUGAUCCUGGGAUCCCCAUGACAGCAUAAAAAGCCUAAUAGCUCCUAGAUGUGUCAGUCCAGACCUGCCCGUGGGUCCUCCUCCUCUUCCCUUUGUAUUAUCGUGGGAGGCCAAGUUCAUAAUUGAAGCCCAGUUAGAGGGAGAUUUAUCCGAUUUUCAGUCUUCCAAGUAAAGAAGCAUCAAUCUUUUUAUGCCCAAAGGUGCUUUAUCAUCUUUAACUCUGCUGAAUUUAUCAAGCGGCUUCUCUACAGUCUCGAGUAGCUUUUAUAUUUACUACCAAAGCAUUUUAUAUUCCAGUUUAUUAAGAUAUAAUGAACAUGAAGAGAUUUAAUUAUCCAAUAACUCACAUUAUCAGAUUGAUAGGUUAGAAAUUGCUCUUCCAGUGAAAUUAAUCCAAGAAAAUUGAGAAAAAAACUAAAAAGUUUUUCACCAUUAUUCAUGUUCCUCAUAAUUCAGUCUGCCAAUGCUAAUUUAAUCAAUUUAAGAAUCUGGAUGGUCCUUCAGUGAGGUGAUAUACAACAUUUUCUCUGGCUUUUUGGACUUCCUUCAAAUUAAACCGGCUGACAUUUAAUUAAUUUAUGCUGUCGGAAAGUUUGGCAGACAUUUCAAACUUUGGUCUGAGGAUAAUAAAGAUAAAAAUAAUAAUCAAAUUAACAUAUACUGCAAAAAAAACACUGAGGGAGCCAUCACCUUUUGAGUCUGGCACUAAUAAAUAAUUAAACUCUGAAUAAAUAAAUUGGAUAUACAGACUCAUGAUCUGAGAAAGACUCACUGUGGACAGUUUCUGUGUGUAUUGGUACGUUACUUUCACAGGGCUGCUUUGGCCUUCAUUGUCCUGUAAAUACUCAGUGGGUUGCUUUGGCCUUCGAUCCUUCAAACGUUGACAUCACAGCUGAUGCUCGAUGAUGGGACUGAGUCAUUACUGUACGCACUUGUGUUUUCGAGUAUUUGUUCAGUACCUGAAAAACCUCUUUGUUCCCGGGGUCGCUUUCUUCAGACCGCGUGUUUUUUUUUCCAGUUUGUGACUCAUGCAACAAGUGGUUGUUAGUCAUCGCCUUUACUGACUGCCACUCAUUUGGAGGCCGAAAAACAAGAUGCACUCCAAUGUGAGAGCAUUUGCACGCUUUUGUUUCUGAUGUUGCUGAAUGCCUGGCAGUUGAUUUCCCUGUUUGUGCGAAGAUGAAGUUGAUUGUGCAGAUUUCUUUUUUUUUUCUGUUGACAUUGACGAUCAGCGGGAAGCAAAAUCAAGCUGAUGACGGGGAGCUCGCUUCUGUUGCUCUGGCAAGGACGCGGGUGGAGAUUUUUCUCAGUGUGUCUCCAAUUAUUGACAGUGAUGAGUGUUUCUAAUGCGGAGGGCACAGAAGAGGUGUGACUGAACGUUUCAACGCUGCAUGUUAACUUGCAAAUCGAAUCACUAUGUGGUGUGUAUCAGAGUUCCUCCCCCUGAACUCUCUCUGCUACUGUUGGGCUGGGCCCGAAGUACGGAAGCUCAUUUCUGCACAUUUGAGGGUAAGAAAGGCGAACAUUUACAGAGCGGAUAUGCUUAUAUAUGAAUGUUUUAUACUGUCAAAGUCUUCUUAAAACCACGUUUGGAUUAAAACUCAGGGAACAGGUGUCUUAACCCCGGUAUAUUUCCUGUUAGCUCCCCCCUGGUAUGUUUUGGGGGUAAAGUCUGUUGAUCCUGUGUUAAUUAACAGCAUUGCAAUCAGUGACAAUAAGUCAGAACAGACUUGUAGGGUUUGAGAGAAAAACAAAAGUAAAGAUCGAAAUCUCUGCAAGACUUAAAUUAAAGGAUCAGUGGUUUUAAUCUCUAUGGCGUUGCAAAACGUUACAUCAACUCGUAUUUAGCGUCCUGAAACCCCUCCACACACCACUGUGUUUCACACACUGUGAGAGUGUGUGAGUGUGAACAGAGCUGUCAGGUAGAUUUGUAGGUAAGAGACCCUGAAAUUUUCCAGAGUGCAUACCUGAAAAGGCUGAUGUAAGUGUUUGGCACAUGUCUUUAUGAGUAUUUUUUUCUUCAAAAUAACAUGAUCGGUGCUGUACCACUGACUUCUCAUUGUGCUGUUUGAUAUCCAGAGAUUGUGAUAUCAUUACCUCCCUUUAUUGAAUUUCCCUUCAAGGAUCAAUAAAGUUCUACUUCUUCUUCUUCUACUACUUCUUGUUCUUGUUCUUCCUUUACUUCUUCUUCUUCUUUUUUUUUUCUACAAUUACUUCUACUUCUUCUUCAAAUUCUUCUACUUCUUCUACUACCUCUACUUCUUCUUUUUCAAAUUCUUCUACUUCUUCUUUUACUUCCACUAUUUCUUCUCCUUUUAUUUCUUCAUCUUCUACUUCUUUUUCUUCUACUUCUACUUCUUCAUCUUCUACUUCUUUUUCUUCUACUUCUACUUCUUCAUCUUCUACUUCUUCUUCUACUAUUUCUUCUGCUACUUCUACUUCUAUUUCUACUCCUUGUAAUUCUUCUACUUCUUCUACUUCUACUUCUUCAUUCUCUACUUCUUCUACUCCUUCUUCUACUUCUUUGUUCUCUACUUCUUCUACUUCUUCGUUCUCUACUUCUUCUACUUCCUCUUCUACUAUUUCUUCUACUUCUACUACUAUUUCUUCUGCUACUUCUGCUUUUUCUUUUACUACUUCUUCUUCUACUACUUCUACUCCUUCUACUUUUACUAUUUUUACUCCUUGUAAUUCUUCUACUUCUGCUUCUUCGUUCUCUACUUCUACUUCUUAUUCUACUUCUUCGUUCUCUACUUCUUUGACUUCUUCUUCUUCAUCCUCUAAUUCUACUUCUUCUUCUUCUACUAUUUCUUCUGCUACUACUUCUUUUACAAUUUCCUCUCCUUCUCCAAGUUAAUGUUGGUCACCUUUAUUAGCUGUUUCGAUGUCAUCCUUAUAAACAAUCAUUAGCAAUAAAAAAGCGUUCUGUCGGUGUUCAUUCUUACUAAAACUUUGCUCUGUAGCUCAUUUUUGGAAUAAUACUCGACUAGUUUUGAUCAUGAAGUUUGAAGAAGUUUCAACCUGCAGAGAAGAGAUGAAUCCGUUAGUGUCUGUUUUGCACAUUAGGAGAGUAAGUAAUUAAAGGAGGAGGGUGUCAGACAGCAGGGAGAGAGGCAGCUCUGGCAUGUGCGCGGACGAUAACAAACCAGUCAAAAAUAUCAAACUGUGACUCUGUGAUUACAUCUUCUUUUCUGGAAGCUUCUUCAGUCUUCCUCCAUCAUCUCUGUGCUUAUCACUGACAGUCUCCAAUCUCUAUGCAUCUGUCUUUUAAUUGUUUGCGGGUGCUAUGUCUUUUUUUUUUUUUUUUCUAUUUGGUUAUUUUUAACCGGUGAGCAGAGAGAUGGCUGACAGACUCUCCAGUAUCCACCUUCCUGCCUGCCAGCCUGUCUGCCUGCCUGCCUUCACUGAGUGGGUGCAAUUAAAGUGCCAGGCUUGAUCAUGCCAUCCACGGGCAGAAAUGUUUCAUAAAAAAACACAGAAUUAAAGCUUCAGAGAGAAUCAAAGGUUUCGUUUGACUGAAACAAACAUUAAAUCUUUACAUAUGUAUCCCUAAGUCUGCGCAGACUCGGUAGAAAUGCAUUUCACCGUAAUGCUUCUGUCUGUCUGGUUAUUUAAUUAGGGAUAAGCUGUCCUCUUGUGUUGUCAUACAAGCUGCAGCCGUUACUAAAUUAAAAUUUGUCAAGCUUUCAGUUUCACUGGAACGGAUGUGUGAGUAACUAAGUGUGUGUAUUGGGUGGGUGGGUGGGUGGUGGUGGGGAGGCGUUCGCUUCUGCCCAGGGAGGUGUUUGUAAUUAAUGACAAGCCGCUUUGCCACCUGCUGCCCUAAUGUCACAGGGAUCUGGAGAGUCGAGCCCCGAGGAGCAGCAUGAAUAAUUAACCGGAGCAUGAAAGAGGUGAGAGGGGAGUCGUAGGAGUAUGAAAACAUCACCGGACCGCGGUCAUGGCGAGGAAAACAGUAAAGAAACAUACAUUAAGAGGAAAUCUAACAGGCAUUCCUCGACAGAGAUGUCAGAGACGCAGAACUCAGAUCCUAGUUGAUUUACAGAAGCAGGUCAUGUUCAUCAUUAUAUCUGUUUUAUCAUCAAAAUAACAAUCCCACAAACUAAUUCACCGCUGCGAUGGUAAAAGUUAAUGGACUGAGAAACCAUUUGACUGAAUUACAAACAAGAAGAGCUUUAAGAACAUAAUAUUAAGAAAACUUUUGAUAUUAUCAGCCGUAAAGGAAAAGACUUCUCAUGAACUUUCUAAACAUUCAGACACGAUGCGUGACUCAAAUCACGUCAGGUUUCCGUUUUUGCUGCACAAAGCCAGAACUGCUUUUUCACUUAAUGUCCUGUAAUAAUCACAGCAGGCUCGAAUCAAUCCUAAAAUAAUCACCCCCCAUGUAAUAAUGAGGGAAUUGCAAACCGGUUUAAGUCGGGGAAUUGAUUUUGAAUCACAUUACAGCCUGGAGAAUCUAAUUAGGGCUGUCAGAACAUCAGAUUUUCACAGUGGGAUUAUCACGGCUGUAAAAUAUUAUGGCCACAUAAGUCAAACUGAGGAAGAGGAUGACGAGGGUGGAGGAACACGUAACUUGAAUGACCUGAUAAACAAGGUUACUGUACAUGUUAUCUGUUUCUGAUUCAGAGAAGAGAGUGACCCAUUUCACAAUUUGUCGUGCUAUUAUUUUGAUAGGUCGUCUUUCUUGUGCCUAUGUUGCUGCAUUGUCAAACUGAGCUUUUAUUUUGAAGGUCACUACUUCUAGUAAACUACAGAACUUAAUGGUGGGGUAGGCAGGAUCUGAGGAAGUGCCUGUUUUUGGGAGAAAUCUUGAAGGUAAACUCCACCCCUCCCAACCUCAGCUCCUCCUCUCCCCUCCCUCUCUUCUUCAGUAAGCCCCGCCCACAAACAGACGCUCCUGCUCGCUUGUAUCGUUUCAAAUAAAUUCAGAUAUAAUCCAGUCAACGUGAAAGUGAAAAGCAUUGGUGCUACUGUAGAUGCCAACAGACUACCAGCAAACACAAUGUUUGCAGGACUUUUACAACUAGGAUAAAGUGACAUAGUCCAGGACCCGAGGUCAACAGUUUAGCGAUGGCGCUACAACACGCUACAGCAGGUCCGUUUGACAAGAAACACUUCUGUUACAGACACUUGGCUUACUUCGUUGAAGCGGUUUACCUGUCUAGCAGAAAGGUUACAGGGUCUGUAAGAUCCCGAAGCCUUUAUGCUUCAUUGAUGUUGACCCGGCUUUUUAGCUCUUGUCCGGAUGGUCUACCUCCUUUUUAAGCGCCCGUUAUUCCACCAAAGUCUCCGGUAUUUAGUACGUUUUCUUGCUUGUGUCGGCAGUCGUGGCCAAAGGAGGAUUCAGACAAUUUUCUGUACUUUCUAGUUGGUUUCUACAGUCCGAUACUGUAGCUCGCUAACUUUAUUUGGGCUCCUGAACGACACAUGGAAGCAUCUGCCUCACAACCAAUCAGGAUGGGGAGGUAGAGAACAGCUUUGUUUACAGUCAGAAAGAGCGGGCCACUCAAAAAAUGUAAAAUGUUGACUACACCGACAUAACAUAACACAGUGAUAUUGUUUUAUUACCAAAUGUCAUCAAUAACUAAUAACUAUUGUCUGAUAUUAAAACCUUUUUUGUAGAUACACCACAAAGAAGUUGCUUCUUUAACGGAUUCCUGCCUACCCCACCUUUGAUGACAGGGCUGCUACAGCUACUUUUUGAGCAGCUGCUGCUUCUCCUUCAUCUCUGUUUCUUUUCAAAUUUGUGGCAACCAACAUGAAGAGCAAUUACUAUGAACUCAGUGUUAUUAUAUGCUUAUAGGCAGCAUGUAAUUAAUGUAUAUAUUCUGUAUUAUGUGAUUUUUUUAAUUCUGGUUAAAGUCAGUUCUAGUAUAUUUCCUAAAAACACUAACAAAUGCACUAAAACAGUCAGUCUUUCUCUCCGUCUUUGUAGUCCAAAUGCAGUCAGUGCUUGAGUCCAAGUCAAGUCACGAAUCCUGAAAAUCAGGACUUGAUUUGGAUUAGAGUCUGAGUCCUGGACUUGCUCACUACAAGAUGAAUAAAACACCUGGACCUGAUUCCUCCUCAGCGUUCCUGGUGAUCAAAAACUCCCUCUAACACCUCCUUAAGGUAAACAUUAGAAGUCAGGUCAUCACAGCCUGAACUCAAUCAAUCCUCUGCUGCUGAUGCUUCGACGAACAUCUCACUGAAGUGUAUUUGGAGGAGGGUCUCUCGCUGUUUUGUCAGCGCUAAUGUCAGCGUGAUUGAGACAAAUCUCUUCAGUCUGUCACAAACCGAUGAAGAUAAAUUGGUUUGUUUUUCUACAUUGCACAAUUAUCUCGGUUAAUUACGGUUUCUAGUGCUGAGAAUCAAUCUCAGCAGUCAAAGGUCUGUGUAUCUGAAGGCCACAUUUGAUCCAGAAGGGAGAAAACCUUCUCUUUGGUAGAAUGUAAGUAUUUGAGUGUGAGGUUUGUGAGUCACCUCAGUGCGGUAUGAUUAUUUGUUUCUACUCUUUUAAAAGCAGCGCUCAGAUUUUAGGCAGUGUGUCUCAGCAGCAGAGAAAAACUGUUAUAAAUCUGAGCAACAUAUGCGUUGGCAGAUAUUCUUUGGAGAAGUCUGUGAUCACGCUGGACUAAAAUAAAAGUGCUUCUCUGAGAAAAACAAGAAAUCAGGGCAGAGCAGAGGGAAGAAGAGACGUUUCGCAUGCCCCGCGCGUGCACGUGUGUGUUUACUUUGCAGGGUGAGACGUGCUGCCGCAGGAAGCACAUGUGUUCAUAUAUGCACGUCGUCGGGUAUAAACAAAUGAGACGGACAGACGUGAAAUGUUUGGAUUUGCAGCAAACAGCUUGGCCUGGAGUCUGUUUGGCCCUGUGAUGAUUCAGCCUUCACACAUGCUCUCAGAGACCACAAUAAACCGUGCACUGUAGUGCUACUGUUGGAUUAGUGUCAUGCCAGCGUGUGAAAUGGGCUUCAGAGAGGUCAAGCCCCCCCCCCCCCCUCCUCGCAGUAUUCAGCUGUAUAAUGGACCUUUGAUACAACAUCACAAAACACUGUGUGAGUGCAUUUAUGUGCAUUUACCGCCUAAGGGGAGGUUUGGAUCACAGCGAGUGUCGCAGCGAUAAUGGAUCAAAUCUAAACUGAGGUGCAGCUUUAACAUGAAACACAAACCCCUCCAAAUUCAUCCGAGUGAGUGAAAUCAAGCGUGCAAACAUUAACCGUGUGUCUUUUGCGACAUGUUUUUUUUUUUUUGUCUUGGUGCAAAGUGUUUAUUUGGUUUAUUUUCACCGGAGCUUUCUGCAGCAGCGCUUCGCCCCGCGUGUCUCCGAGAAAUGAAUGAGGGAGCCUGUGUUUCUGCAGCGGUGCAGCUUUCAUUGUUAAACGGCCCUAAGGCCCACUGCGCUUUCAAUUAGUCUCAGUUUUCAACUUCACCGGGUCACCCAAGUGAAAAAGUCGAUAGCAGGAAGGUUCCAGCUCUUACACCGACAGCACAGUCAGACGUGUUUUGGAGAGGCAGACUCUGACUGACGAGCAGGAAAACUUAUUAAAUGCGUCAAAAUCCCCCCUCUAGGAAUGAUCGCUAUGUAGCUACUAAUGAUACCAUACAGCGUAAUUUAGCCCUCACAAUACAAAAACAAAACCAGAAUAACACAGUAAUAACAUUUCAUCAUCAAGCAACCUCUGUCUGAUUGUUUUUAUGAUGAUACUCCGCAGCAGGUAACUGUCACCAGUGGAAAUCAUUGCGGCUAGAUGAGCACAGUCAGCAAGUUUAAACUCACCAAUGAAUGAGUCCCAGAGUGUCUAUAGUGAGCCGUGCGCGCGUGUGCGUGCGUGUGAUUUAUGGUGCUAUAACUGUCUCCAAGAGAAUAACCAGAGCUGCUUAAUUGAAACUGUUUGUAAAAGACCAUCCAGUGGUGUGAAGAUGCUGACGAUGCAGAAAGAGGGAGAGGGUCAGGAGAGGAGAGGAGGGUGAAAGUACAGGUGCCUGUUUACGGCGAUAGCUCCAGAGUGAUCUCCCUGUUAUGUGACACAGGAGUAGAAAAAGACCUGAAACCACAGUGUCCGUUAUUAUAUGAUAUUACCGUAAUACCCAGAAUAUGAGACACUUUUUCUUCUUUGAAAUGCAUCUGAAAAAGUUGGAUUGUCUUAAAUUCUGGUUCAGAUUUUAUAAUGAUGCGGUUUACAGUAAAAUCCACUCACUUUGUGAGAGCGGCAACUUUCCAAUGGUACAAAAGAGGAUUAGGGCCACAAGAAGAGAGAAAAAUAAUUACAAGAGGGAGUUUUUUUAUUUCCAUUUGGAGAUGAAAGUCGAAAUUUUGAAAUUAAAGUCAAAAUUUUAAAGUCAAAAUGAAGAAAAUUAAAAUUUUAACAUUGUAGCGGAAAUUUCAAGAUUAAAAAAAUUGAAAUUACAUGAAUAAAGGCGAACAUAACAUAACAUAACAGGCUAAAUGAUAGAGUUGAUCCCAUCCGUGGUGCCUGAUCGCCUCAUUACUGCACCCAUUCCUCCUUGUUGCACCAUACCUGUUUCACGACACCUGGCAUUCCUCAGUUAAUCAAUAAACAGGAUUUAUCAUCUUGUGAUUGUCAUGCAAUUUAUCAACUAUCCCAAGAUUACUGUAUCUUGAUACUGCGGUUACAAAAGGCAGCAUUAUGGCAGUAACCCCACAUGCAUCAGUUGAAAUAAGUUUCCUGUCACCAAAUUAUGUGACAAAUCGAUGUUAAAGUAUGUCAAAGCACUUGAGGGCUAAUUAUCAUCUGCAGAGACUCUUGAUUUUUCCUGCAACAAAAGCAAAGAUUUUGCCUUGGAUGGAGUUUUUGAAGCAUUUCCACUCAUUAGAAGAGGCUGCGCGUGAAAACAAAGGGAGAUGAAAUCGGCAGCAGGAUUUGUGAUGCUUUUUCGUGUAAUUGCUGGUGAAUGAUGAAGCAAAAUGACAAUGCCUCAAACACAGAUUAGUCGAUUUUUCUCCCUUUGGACGUAAUUUCAGGAUUUUUGCAGAUUUAUUAUGAUUUACCGUGUCUAAAUGCAGUUCAGUCACAGGAAAAUACACUUUAUCAUGAAAUAUAGACACAAUACAACAUAUAAAAACGCCAACUCCAGUGAAAAUCAUCAUCGGACUUUUCUGAAAGCAAGAGGAUUCAAUGAGUCUAUUUCUGCAUGCAGAGGGGGUGAAGGGUCGAGAGUGUGUGUGUGUGUGUGUGUGUGUGUGUGAACGCCAUGUGUGAUUGUGCGCAUACGUCUGUGUCAGCAUGACUCCGAUAGCUUGACAGCUUGGAGCUGGGGCUGACUGCAGAGUAGAGCGCUGCCUCUCAGUAUCCCCCCCUGCUCUCACUUCUCCAGCUUGUUUCCCCCAUUGCUUUGAUUCCUGACGUGCGUGUUGAAGCCCGGGCAGCAGAGUGCAUCAGCCAACGCUCUGCGAACAAAAGAGGGGAGACGGUGAUGAACCGUGCCAUGUAGAGUCUAUCCCGUUAUUUCUAUCAGCGCUGGGAAUACGUCUCAUACCGUGUCCUCUAAGCUUCCCUUUGCCUCACGUUGCUGCCGUUAAUGUUUUAUUGGCUCACACUUCACGAGCCUCUUUGAGAGCUCCUCUUGCAUUUGUAAUUUAUGAUCCCCGAGAAGCCCUCUCACUCGCUCACCUUUUAGGGAAGAAGAUAUGACUAACUCGCGGUGUCUUGACUGAAAAAGUGCAGUUUGUAUUUGAGGAUUUGUUCUGUUUCAGAGCUUUCCUGCAAGAGCUCAGGGAUUGAAAUUGACCUGAAUUUUGAUGCAAGUCUCUCAACACUCCCUCUGUACAUUGUAAGUAGAGUGAAACAACACAGAAGCUUGUCAAGAACUUUUUGGGGACUAAAGCGAAACCUGUGUUAUAGGAGGUUUGAGUGACAGCUUGUAAUCUGUAAUACUGAAUGUCUCCACGGCGGGUUUAGUCCUCUAUAAAGCUGCUGAGACGCUUUUUCAUCCUGUCCAGUGCACGCUCUCAGGUCUCAUUAAAUCUGUGUUUUUAUGUCCUGCUCUGUUUGUUUUCAAGUCUUAACAAAUCCAAUAUAAUUAUAAGUGUAAUGAAGCCUGACUAACCCUCAAAAUCCCCUCCAAACACCACCAUGCUAUCAUUAGCUUCUGUUUCUAGGUCGCUAAAUAUUAAUGAAGGCCUCUGAGCACAUUGUGUUUUUUUUUUUUUUUUAAAGUGGCGUCAACAACAAGAGGAAGAUAGUCUUUGGAGACCCGUGAUUCUUAUCAGAGCACUCUUACAAACUCACUCCCCGCUUGUAGCUGUCUGUGAAUAUGCAUGAGACCCGUCCUUUUUGACUCUCGGGGAGGUAAAUCAUCUGAACACAUCAACAAAGAGCAGAUCUGUUUCUGAGUGCGCUGAUGGCAGAUCAGCAGCAUCUCAUCGUGGCUUGAAUAUCUUCGGUCGCUCCUCAGGGAUCAGGGAAUUAGAAAGGUUAGCGGCGGCUCUCAGGAACAAAUGAGAGGAGAGGACUGACGAGGAGGAGGAGGGGGGGUGAGCGUUGCCGUGGCGCCAGAUGAUGUAAUCCACAUUGGCGUGGUAGGAUGCUGACAUGAGGGCCACCUGAGAACAUGUUGACCUCUUCUCUUCCAUCACGGCUCGCAGAAAAAAAGCGAGAAAUUGACAAGAUGUCGAGAAUAACGAGAAGAAGAGUCCUCUUGUGUUUUUGGAUUUUUUCUCUCAGUAGAAAAUCUGUCAUUAUGUGUAAUCACCUGUCAGUUUUGUUUUCUUUAAAGCUCCUGUGAGGAGUUUUUUUUCCACAUUUCACAAUUCUUUUGGUCACUUCCUGACAGGUUUCCAUUUUGUUCAGAUGAUAGUUCAUCCAUCACAUCUCAAAGGAUCCAGAUGUUGUUGUUUACUAAUUAUUAUUCAUUGAAAACAAUUAAAAGCAAACUACUGGCUAAGAUAACAUGUAUUGGAUUUUAAUGUGCAAGGAAUAAUGAAUUUCUUUCUUUAAUAGUUACCCAAAGAUGUAUCUUGUAUCUUUUUUUAAUAAUCUCAGAUAGAAAUACAGAAGUCCAUUUUGAUGAUAUCUCACUGAGCCAGAUAUUCCUCCAUCUUUGUUUAUUUAAAGCUCCUCUGAGGAGUUUUUGAUGGGUCAUAAAACAGCCUGAAAUAAUCAGUGAUGCAUCUCUAAAGGUUAAUGAGACCAUUGAUGACCAGAUUAACAAUCUCAGUAUCGUCAUUUUAGUGCCUGUAGCUGCUGUUAGGGCGAAGGUACGAUGAAGAAACAGCUUUACCAACUGCUCGUAUAACAAAAAUCCACAAUAAAAGGAUACAGUUUACUAUAAAAAGACAAUAGGAGACAUUUUUUUGUCCAUUAACAACACUUUUACAAGGAUAAAACAAAAUCAACAACAAUUAAAGAGUUCCCAAUUUGUCCACAGGGGGCACCAAAGUCAACACAAACAAAAAGUUCCUUACUAAAGCUUUAAUAAAACUGAAAAUCAGCAGUUGGAAACAACAAUGUUAUAUCAGCUAUUGGCCAGACUUGCUUAAACUAUACCAACCAACACUCCUGUUUUUCCCGGGCUGACCACUUUUGGUCUAGUCUGUGAAAAUUUGCCCGUCAUUUGCUGAAUCAUGCUUUAAAAACAUUAAGAUUUGCUUCUAUUCUUUGGUUUUGAAGAAAAGCAGAAAACCAUCGUGGAAGUGCCGAUGAAUUGAAAAAUGAAAACAACGGUCUCUUGCAGCUCUUACUUCCUCCACAAACAGGAGGAGGCUGAGGAUAUGCAGCAUUGGUCUCACUCACUGUGUGGAUCAAUAAGAUGUAAUGUUCCAGCAGAUGUUGGAACAGGCCUGAUGAUCAAUGAGCUGAAGGGCAGAGGGCACAAAGCAGGACCAACACCUCACAGCUGAUUUAUCUCUGAGUCACCCCUCGUCACCGCUCAGGUGUGUGAAUCCGUGACGAAGACGGUUACGCUCUGCGACGGUUAGUCAGCUGACAUUUUAAGAGUAAGAUUUGUAGAUUUUGUUCUGGAACCAAAUUUUUUUACCUCCACUUCACUCUGAGUGGAGUUAUUUUUACACCUGCAAUCCUUUAGACUGAUUUAAUUUGAUAGCAGGCGGUUUAACCUUUGUGCGUCCAGCCAUUAAGACCGAGUUGACCCCUGACCUGAGACGCUUCAUGUCCAUUUGGUCGGGCUUCACUCUGCCGUGUGAUAGAGCCGAUCGAAGUGAAGACCAAAGGAAUCUCUCACUUAGAUGGAGAGACGGAUGGAGGUGAGAAGAGCGGAGGGGGUUAAUCCUCCAGAGGACGAAGGCGAAGCUUCAUCAGACAGGGCCAGAGUGAGGUGGAGGCAUGCAAUAUUGAUGGAGAGAGUGGAGAGGAGAGGAGUGCGGAGAGUAGAUGAGAGGAAGACUGUUUGCAGAGACGGGUGUCUGACCGGUGUUGGAGAAAAAAAAAGUUCUCACAGACUGGAAACAGGUUUUAAUUUCAGCUCUGUCACUCAUGUUUGUUUUUCACUUUCAUUUUCAGAAUAAAGUCAUGAACAUCGAUGGAGUCAAGGUGAAGCUGCAGGUAAGAAUUUUAAAAUGAUCCUGACAAUCAUCAAACGACUGUUUUAAACACACUUUUUCUUUGAGAUGUUGUCAUAGCCACCUGUCAGAUCCUGUUUCAACCAGGAAUCCAAUUUUAGCUUCAGCAGACAGGAGGGUGGAGGGUGUUUGGCAGACACAAUAAGAUGAUGUAUUGAACUGUGCCAGCAGUUAAAUCUGGGCUUUCUGCAUGUUUAAGUGCUUAUAAAAGACUGUAAUAAAUCAAUUUUCUUUUUAUAUUUAGUGUCUUUCAAGGUUGUCAGUUUCCUGGACAUGUUUUAAUUUUAGGAUAACAAGAAUCAGACAUGCGUCUUGAGAUGGUUGUUAUGUCUGUGUGAGAGGGUCGGUGUAAGAAACAGACCUGCUCUUACAAUUUCUACAUAAAAUAUAACAAUAAAUGAGGAAUUUGAGUAGAGGACCAGAUUUUUAAAGACUGUUUUGUCCACAGGGGGCGCCAAAGUUAACACAAACCAAAAGGUCCUUCUUGAAUUAAAUUGCGAUCAUCAAAAAUCUGAAUUCAGAGGAAAGAAAUUGAUUUUUGUAGUAAAAGUAAGAACUGUGAGAGUUGUCAGGAUUCAGUUCAGUAAAGUGAGAAAACUGAGGCCCCGCCCACAUGUAGGGUGGGUUUGUGGGUAAGUGUAGUUUUCACUAUGACCACACAUUAGAGGUUUUAGGUCACUCAAAACAGAGGUUUGGAAAACAAAGGAAGUGGCAUUAAAACCUCUAACUUUAGGUCUAGAGAUGUAUUUAAGGUUAACAUAACAGUGAGACUUAAGUGUUAUUAUGAUGUGUUCGGCCGCUGACCUUUGGGUCGUUACCUACCGUCCAUCUUCAGGAGAGCAGGAGAACCUCGAGUGGGUUUUAAAUGUUGGUGCUGUUGUGUGUGAAAGAUAGUUAGAGACGCCAAGGUCCGCCUUACGUUGCUUCUGAUUGGUUUAUAUUGUGUGAUGCCUUCAGUGGUUGGUUAGAUUUAGGCACAGAGGGCUGAUGGAUUGGUCUGGGAUUGGUUAUCUCGGUCAAUCAGAGUUACUCGAACCACAGCAAGCCAAGUUUAUUAUCAUGAAAAAAAUAAAUACAGAGUAUUGAAGCGUGAGAAAUGUCAAUGUGGUGUAAGAACGGAUCAAAAUGCGUGACUGUCACACUCAAAGCGUGACGCUUGGCAGCUCAGACGUAACCUUCGUUCGAAAAACAGAGUUGAAUCAUGAAAACAAAACAUAGCUAACAAAGGCGAAUCUCCUGGAAAAGGGGAAAAUAAAGGAUAAAUGUAAAUGUUUUCUUGGUUCUCUAAGGCCAAAUUAACAAACAAAUAAAACCCCUUUAACUAAGAAUAAAAGACGUUAUAAUCCGAGCAGGAAAAACAAAAACAAAGAAAUAGCGGAGAAUCCAGACCAAAAGUUCCUCAAAGGAUUCAAGUUCAGAGAUUAUGAGGCUUUCAGACCUGACUUUACUGCUUGAAUGGUGUAGUUUGAGCUCAACGUAUAGUCAGAGUUUUGUUUAUCCCAGAUGUUAAACUCUAAACUUUGACAUUUGUCUUCAUUAUUCUGACUCUAUUCUCAAAACUUUUACAGAGAGUUAAAAAUAUGACAAAAAGUGACCGUGAUCCUACAACGUAUAAAUCUUGUACAAUAAACGCAGUAUUCUGAACUCCUUAAAACUUUUACUUUUCUUGCAACAACAACAAUCUGUUUCUGAUCUGAAGCAGCUGAAUCUCGACUUCCUGAUUACCGGCCUGUGUUGCAUUUAUUACCUUUCUCUUUUGCCACCAGACUCCCCAGAUCCUGGAUGGCUGCAGAUUCUCCGUCUGCUAAAUUGUGUGUGCGCGCUGUGACAGGAUGAGUUAACAGCCGAAUGAAAGCCUGCUGCGCUUCGUGUAGUUGCUUAAGGGCACUUCAUCUGUCUGGUGAGAUACCAUCAGGCGUAGCAAAGUUCAAUUUUGAGACAAUUUGGUAAUUAAAGCAGGCUGGCCUCUGAACCGUCACACAGCACCGGGUGUGAUUAAACCGGGAUCUUUAAAUGGCUUAUGUUUAAUCUCAGAGGAAGAUCCAGAGAUGGGUCUCGUUCUAUGGAAAAAUCAAUAACUGGGGUACUACAGGCUGCUUAAGGAUAAUUAUAGUUUAUUUGUCUCCAUAAAUACUUUUAAUUCAUCGAGUUCCCUCCUCAUUUCACUUUUCAGAGAACCACCGCCUACACUAGAAACAGCUCCGCACCGCUGUAUGUUUUAAUAUUUCUGUCAAACAGAGCGAGUAAUUAUGUGAAUCAUGCCUAAUGAUCUUAAUUAGGGGGUGACGGAGGCUGGUGGAGCGGGCUUUUGCUCUGUGAUGUAUUCAUCGGGGGUUAAUUGGCUCAGAGUCCGUCUGCAGAGUAGCCUGUAGCCCACAGAGAGAAAGAAAGGGAGACAUUUUUUCCCUCCUCUAAUUGCCAUUCUUCAUUUGUGCCAUUUGCACCGCAGGGGCGCGGUUUUCUCAUGGGGACCAUGGAGGCGAAAGAGUCAGAAUCACAGCUGCUGCGUUUCAGAGAGAGAGUCCAAAAAACAGGCCGAAUUUUUGAGUGAAUGUUUCCCCCCUUAAAAAAGGAAGUGAUGGGCGCAGUCGACCGUCACGGGUCUGCUCCAGGGAGGGAUGGAAAUGCUAAUGCUAUCGGAGUCGAAUAGUGAUAAGUGACACUGAUGCCUGAUGGGGAAAAGAAGGACUUAAUUAGCCUCCCACCCCUGAGGAAGUGAGGGGUAUCAACCAUGGCUGAUUACUUUUCAAUAAUAUGACCCGCACAGACCUGAAAGUAAGCAAAAUAACAAGUAGAAUAUGUUUAAUGACCACAAAUCUGCAGGAAUCAGUGUUUUUAUAGAUGCUCAAAUUAAUAAUGCAUGUAAGCAGGGCUGCUAACAGCCCGGUAGGCCCAAGGGAGACCUCUGCCUGGUUCUGUUCCACCUGUUUCCACUAAUGGGAGUGUUUUAACUCAUUGUCCUGACUUUAACAGUCUGAAACAAAACAGUUUUGGUGACUCCUUUGACUCCGAUUAAUCUUGUUGAAGCGGGAAAACUCUCAGUAAACGUUUCGUGCGCUACCUGCCAAGCACCGAACGGCAGCCAGAGAAAUUAGCAUCGAGCUGCCGGGGGUUUGAGAAGCUAAACAGUUGGAUAUUUUCUGUGAAGCGGUUUGAGAUAAAAUGGAGCUUUUGAUGUGAAAUUAAAGGAUUUUUAUUCAUCAGGUGAGCUCAAACUUGACGACUAAUGAGGCAACUUUGAGUAACCAGUUAGAGGACGCAGUAAUGAGGCGUUUAGCGGCUACAGAUGGGGUCAACCACACCACCUAAUUUGGCCUGUGGUGUUAAAAACUGGUAUGCACAUUAAAAGGAUAUUCCUGUGUAAACUUAAUUUAGGGUCAAACAUAACGUAACACCAAGUUAGACACCCCCUCAAGAGAUGAAUGUUGCAGACUGCUUGCUUCUCUAGUUAUACCAACUUUAGUAACGACCGCACAAUAGCAAUACACAGCGGUCUACGUCCACCCGGUGCUGUGUGACCUAACUUCAUCAACAUUUCAUAUAGGGUCCCAGCCACAAUACUAGACAUCAAACAUCUUUUUAAACUUUGUCUGAUUUCUUUACCAAAAAGAUUAAACACAACUCACCUACUCUCUUCCAGUAGCCGCUUGUUUGUUUAGGAGCCCUGACGAGUCGAUCACCAAGUGCAGCAGAGUUUUGCAGCUAGAGGAAGAACAUUUAUGAUCAUUUCUUCAUGGAAAUGCAAUCAGACCGAGACACUAAGGCAGAAGAACUGCUAGAGCUGCUGUGCAAAAUUAUUGAUAUCAUGAUUAUUACUUCAAGGAAAUGAUCCGCUGCACUCGGUGAUCGACUCGUCAGGGCUCUCCCACAAACAAGCGGCUGCUGGAAGAGAGUAGGUGAGUUGUGUUUAGUCUCUUUGCUAAAGAAAUUAGCCAUAGCACUAGCCACCAAACAUCUUUUUAGCUUUGCCUGGGACCCUAUAUGUCCUGUUGAGGAAGUUAGGUGCUGUUCUGAGCAUUAUUUGUGGCUAUACAGUGGCGUUUUGGUUGAGGUUUGUGCAUGGAGACGCACAAUCGCUAUUGUCUUGUCGUUGCUGAAGGUAUAAUCAACAAAGCAACCAGUCGGCAACAUUCAUCUCUUUAGGGGGUGUCCAACUGAGUGUCACGGUGUGUUUGACCCUGACUUAAUUUUACGCCAGAAUAUCCCUUUAAUGUCAGUACAUUAGGGCUCCUCGAUUAUGGCAGAAAUUACUAUUAUUUUGAUCGAUCUCGACGUCCCGAUUAUUAAAAACGCUUACUCAUGAUUUAAGCCUGCAGCACGCUCAUUUAUGCAACUUAAUACCUCUUUAAAGUUAUAGUGUUUUUACUCUCUCAUGAGAAAAUUGAAGCAUUUGAGCUCUUUUACCGCUUACAUUUGAUCACAGGCUGCAGAUUUGACAACUCACUAUUUUCAGUUUUUGAUAUAGCCUCCUUUCUAAAAUCAAGACUCCUUGCACCCUCAGGAUCGCUACAGCCUCUCUCUCGGCUUCCACAGACUCACUCACCUGUUCUUCCACCUGUGCACUAAUAUAUGACGAGUUGUGUUUUGUUGUUAAAUACUGACACUCUUGGGGUUUGUGGGCAUGUAAGCUUCAAACCACAAGAGGUAACUUUGGAUCCCUCCUGCUCCCUAGUUUCCUUAUUAGCACAGAUGUUUCCUCCUUCCUCUGGUUUGUUGAGUCUUGCUCUUUCUCUGCAAACUCUGGUUCUUAAAGGCGUCCCAUUGGGUCCAGAACAAACAGCAUGUCUAAUUUUUGUAAUUUAGUUUUAGCCUACAGACCCAAACGGUUGAAAAGUGCAGAGCAGGUGCACUGACAGCUAAGCUCCCUCGCACUGAAAAGUCUCUCACACAAAAAGAUAAACAAAAAACUUACUCAAGCAAGUCUGAUUUUUCUCAGUAGAAGACAAUAGACUGUUCAGUCCUCUACAUUUAAUUUCCUCAUCCCAGGAUGAUCCGGUAUUACAGGCGAGGAUUGGAUUGAGUGUUUCACAAUGACGACCGAGCAAACAGAGGAGUUAUUAAAAAAGACCGAAGCUGCUUUGUCUUCUCCGUGAUGAACUUCCUCUCCUUCCAUUUUCUCCGCAGAUCUGGGACACGGCCGGACAGGAGCGCUUCCGCAGCGUCACUCAUGCCUACUACCGGGACGCCCACGGUGAGACACAAACACAACAGAAACCCAGAAGGGAAAUAACAAGAUCUAUUUGAUUUUUACAGUAUUUGAUAUGAUGAUAAAAAGUUGGUCUUUUUAAGCACUUGAUGCAUGGAGGGUUUAAUGUCGUCUCUAUAAUAGAUAUUUAUACAUAGAUCAAAUCUCCCAGUGCACCUGAAAGUACGAUCAUCUGAGUGUUUUUGAGAACCAAGAUGAAUGUGCCGACUUAAUGUGUAUCAUAAUGUAUUCAGCUCUAAUUCUUUCAGGCCAAUUAUAAUUCAGAGUGCCAUUAGUAAUGGUGUGGAUGAGAUUGCUUUCCACUGUGCAGUAUAAUCAAGCACUGAGGUUUUAUAACUCUCCUGCUGGGACUGAAGGACAUCAUAUUCAGGAUUUACGGGCCUCUUUGAUGAUCUGCAAUCAGUCAUCUCCAAUAUGUGUGCGUGUGCAAGCGGGUGUACUUUUUAUCCGUAAUAACGCCGUCAUUAGCCAUGCGGGUUCAUCUCGGAAGCUCUCACUGCUGCCGACACGCCGUUGUUUUAACUAAAGGAGCUUUCAGAUGAAAUGGCUUAAAAUCAAAUCAACGCAAACACCACGACGAUGUCCUCCUUUCCUGUUGCUUGAUAUUCACACGAUGUGUUUGUCAUUUCACGCCCUCAUAUGUAUGGAGAUGGCGUCGUCUCAUUUGAUCUUUUAAUCUCUGGUACCUGCAGCUUUCUUCACGCGAUCAAAGGGAUAUUUCACCGUCUGGAUUUGUGUGUUGAAGUUUGCACAACCGAAGCGGGCUCAUAUUGUGUGCGUGUCAGACUACAUGCAUAAAUGACUCUGUACAAAUCAUUUCCGCUCGUUGUAAUGGUUUGGCACUUAGCCUGCAUAAUUAGAGCAGGAUUUAUUUGUCUCGGUCUGGAGGAUGCAGACCCCAGACGACCGUUCGCUGGUCCAAUUUCAGGCACGAUGCCUCGGUGCAUAUCCUCUCCUGCAAAACCCACUCCUGGGUGUAGCCUUGGAUGUCUCCAUGCCAGAACUCUAGAUUACUUUUACUUUACCAUCAUGCAGCAUGAACUGCACAUGAGAAAUCUCCAGACUACAGAUGAACAUUUAGAGGAAAAGUACAACAAAUCAUCUAAAGCCCGUAUUUGACAGAAAAUAAUGCAAAGACAGCAUCUCAAAUAUCAUUGUGUAAUAAAAAAUUAAAGUGGAUACCAGCGUUUACAUUUCAGAGCAGUUACCAUUGUGAUGCCUCGCCUCUUCUUUUAACAAGACUGUAAACGUUUGGUAACCAAGGAGACCACGCAGCAAUUCCGCACUUCCUCCUCAUGUUUUUGUUGGGUAUUGGGUUGGGAUAUUGAUAUUGGAUAUUGGUCUGAGCCAAAAAACAAAUAUCUGAUUAUAUCGACCUGCAUCUAAAAAUGCAUUCCAGUUGUACAAAGAAGAAAUUCAUCGGGAACACCCCUUUGAAGCCGGAUUGCCAACUCAGAAAGUCGGACAAUCCUCACCAACCCCGGCUUGGUGCAUCAACAGUAAAAAGUAACCAUGAGAGCUUGCGUAAUGUAUUAUUUUUUAAGCACUUCUGUUUUGUUUUUGUGAAAUUAAAUAAGUGGUUUAUGUUGUGCUGCCCAACGUCUGACUGUGAACACGGUGCUAUGAUGUUUGUAAGAGUAUAAUACUGUAUUAUGGGUUGUUUACAACUGGUAUCGCUAACAACCGCUAAAAACGGCUAACAACAGCUGACAAUUGUAAACAACAGCUAACAACGGGUAACUGUAGGCGUCCAUCUUGGUUUUCAGACUUAUUUACUGGAACGUUGUCAACUCGGGUGUAACGUCAUUCCCAGCUCUGACUUCCGAGGUAACUGGAACGCAGCAUAAAAUCUCCAAUAUCAGCACUCCGAUACAAGCAGUCCAUUCUAGACUCCUCGCCGGCACCUCGAGCUAGCAGCACCCAGAUCCAGCAUGCAGAGCCCAAGUAAACAAAACAACAGUGUGUACUAAGGUACUAACAAAGUCGUAAAGAGUAGGAGUGAUGUCGGUUGUGUGGCAUUAUUUUUCGUUCAAGUCCGAAAAAGAUGCAGCUGAGUGCAAAACUUGUCAUAUACAAGUUUGUGCCAAUAUUGGUAUCGGCCAAUACUGAAGGCUAUAAUAUUUGUAUCAUAUCGGAAGUAAAAAAGUUGUAUCAGGACACCUCUAGUUUUUGUUGCAUGAUGUGCCAAAUGUUUCUGUCAGGGCUGCAGGCAGGCCAAUUUUGCACAUGGACUCUUCUACUACAGAGCCACGCUGUUGUGACACCUGUGCAGAGUGUCUUUGUUUUUCAUCAUCUUGCUCAAACAUGCAGGAAAAGACUGUAACUGGACAGUUGCCUCAAAACGUCUACGUGUUGAGCAUUUCCAGAUGUGUAAGCUCCUCAUUUCAGAAUAAUGUUUACGUAUGUUUUCCUCUUUCCACGGGGCACUAUUCAACCAAUGUAGAAAAACACUUCAGUGGUUAAAUUUCCACAGUGCUCCCUCUCAAUACUUGUCACCUCCAAAGAGAGAAGAAAUCCAAGUUUCACCUCGCAAACUUCGGUUUUGUCUAUUCUUUUUCCGAUAAAGUUCCUCACAGAGCUCUGACAGCUGCUGAAGUCUCGACAGUUUUCUCUGCACCCAUUUAAACGACACAUGGCGCUCGUGCUUUCUUCUUCUUUUGUUGUUUAAUGGUGGUUAAGAGACUUUCAGAUGGGCUACAGCCACCAUCUGGCAGUUUUACUGCAGGACGACCAGGACCUCAGUAAAAAUAAUGGAGGGAAUAUAUUUUUAAAAUGGGAUUGUAGCCGCAUGAACUUUAAGUUGUUAUAAAUGAAUGACUUCAAAAAUUGUGAACGAUUUCUACUCCACACUCGACCUUUUACUAAGUGCCAGAUAUAAAGUACAGGAUGUGGAGAUUAAUGCAGCGGUGGCUCCUGUAGGGUCUACAAAAGCUCGACACACUAAAUAAACAUCUUAGCAUCUUAAGUUCCUCCAUCAUCACCUGAACACCAAGACACCGAUCCUAUAAAUGGCACCUGCUGUGAUUCGCUGCAACUUUCCUCCGCUCUGCUCGAACUCCUGCCUCAGUGACAGACUGUCAGUGAAACCUUUGAAGUCUGCGUCUGUUUCUCAUGUGUCCCCGGCUGUCAGUUCUUUGUUCAAACAAACCAAACGCACCUACAUCCUGAUCUUACCCUCGUCCUGUGUGUAAACUCCUCACUGUCAGUCUCGGUGUGCAUCUCUUAAACUCUAAAAAAACAAACUCUUAAUUCUGUCUGCAGUGUGUCCUCCUGUAUCGCCUCAUAUAACAGAAGCACUUGUAGCGGGUUUAAGGGUAAUCUCUCCUGACUUUUGCUCGAUUUGAGCUGCACUCUGAGUCUGUCUGCAUUAAAGUAAAUCUGAUACCGGCUGACCUUGAGCAAAGCUUCUCUUUAGACUCUGGGUGAAUCUUAACUGCAGGUUAAACGUGAAUGCAACAGUUUCCCAGUUGAAUAAGAAAUCCUCGCAGAAGCUGAUGAGAAAUCUAGAUUCAGUCUGAUCAUUUUAGGAAAACUAGUCGUAUUUUCAUCGUCACGUCUUAUUUAGUCUUAAUUCAGUCAUAAUUUUCUCAGACAUUUUUAUGAUCAUUUUUUAAAGACUGAUAUUCCUCCUUGUAAAAAUCCAGCAGAGAUGAAAUAAACCUCACUUCGUUUAGUCAUCUUGGCUGGAAAUCUGUUUCUCGUUUACGUUCCUCCUUCUCAAAAAUUACAGUGAUUUACCCUUCGACAACACAAAUUUCCUAUUUAUAACAUAAAAAUUACAUUUAGAUGAAUCACGUUAAUAUUUGCUGAAUGGCUCAGGUCCGUAUGAGAGUUUUAAGGAAUCAUUAACCAUGUUUUUGAAGUAGGAGGUGGAAACAAAGAGAGAAAUACCACCAAGUGCAGCUGCCUCUUUGAACAUAGUAUGGGCACAUUCUGUUAGGGCCGCACGAUUAAUCGUAAAAUCUAAAUCAGAUUAAUUGAUUACGACGUUGUUAAGAAAAUGAAAAUCGUCAAAUCGAUUUUCCUCUCUAUCAUGUCUCGCGCCUCCAGGCCACCGUAGGAUCCCCCUUCCUGCAGGAGCGCUCCCCAGUUCCCACACACACCAGUGUAAACAAACAUGGCGUUUGCAAAAGAAGGUGAUAAUUUCGUGGCUUAAUAGGACAAGAGCGAGUCGGUCGCGUGGAAUUGAUGUGGCUUCGCAGUUUUGGAUGAAGCGCAGACCACUCCCAGCUGCAAAGUCCAUCCGAAGGCGGUAUCAACCUGUCCACAUGGAAACGAAUUCAGGAGAAAACGCAAAUGUUUUUUGUCGUAUCUGUGUUUCACGGGUGACUGUAAACGGUACUUUUUGAAAACCGGUCAGAGAGUGAAUAAAUCCGUAAAUGACUACCAUUUUGUCUUUGUGUGGAUGACCAUCUGCAUCUCUCGUAAAACGAUUAUAUGACACACAGCGGCUACUUUUAUGGCGGCUUCGAGUAUCUGGCCAAAACAACCUUUAUGAGCAUGCUCUAUACUCUUCUUCUGUCUUUUGUGAAUUUCCUCGGCAGCGUUACAGCGCCACUCACUGGCUCGGCAUAUGCACUACAUCGUUUUCAGUGGUUUCGUUUUGAGAAAUGGUACAAAAACUUAUUAAAGUGAAGUUUGGUGAAGUUGUCACUGAAAAAAAAACUUGAAAUCAAAAAUUGAAAAUCAAGUUUUAAGAGAAAAAAAAUGGGAUUUUAUUUUUAGCGAAAACUGUGCAGCCCUACAUUCUGUCUGUUGCAGUUCUAUGCAAAUCAGACAGUACUCCAAAUCAUAAAAGGUCUUCAGAUGGUAGAGAGAAGUUGGGCUCAGACUCGCAGUCUAAAGGCUGUUUUUGUCUGUGCUCAUUGUUGUCUGUUGGCCAUAAACGUCUGGCCCACAGCAGACAAACGCAUUAUAUGGUGCUUACCGGGUUAUGAAACACUUGAGUUCAGCAAAAUCUGCAUAUUAAGACACUCUGGUGAAAUUCAGGACCUCAGUCUGCUUCGCUUUAAGUCCAGCAGCCGGAAAAAAAAGACAUCAGCCGUCGCAGAUGUUGGAGGCAGAGAAAGCGACAUCAUUGCAAGCUGUUGUUUCAGCUUAAUGAGUUUUCCUGUUAACUUGUGAGUCUGUGGUUUUUACAACAACUGCUGAAAACAGAGUCGUUGUGGAUGAUUCGGUGUUUAAUUAUUCAUGAAGGACGAUGAGUGAAAUUUGACAAUGUUAUAAAAAGGGAUGCUUUCCAUUUCCAACAGCUGGUGUAACUAUGACAACAACAGACCCAUUUGGCUAGAAGUCCCCAGUCAGUCGAGGCGCUUGUUAAACCGGAACACUAGUUUUGGAAGGGGCUUCGUCUCCCCACUCCAGCUUUCCAGCAGCGGGCUUUGUCAGGCGCACAAUCAUAAAAUAUUAACGGUUCUUGUGCUGACUGGGCAGGAGAGGUGUACUAUGUUUAACCCCAAUAACCGCCGCUCAAACUCGCCUAACUCACUGGAAAAGAAUUGGACCAAAUUUAAUGUUUCAGCCAAUUACACAAACACAUUUUCACAGUUUGGAGGAGCCUGCCAACAGCACUUUCUGACCUCUACGCUAAUUUACACAAACACUGUUUGACAUCCAAGCGCACACUCCUCCACAAAGCCAGGAAACAUGAUGAAUGGAGAUAAUUGUAAGUGCCACAACUUCUGGGGGCUGAAGCAGAGCUGCAGGCGGAGGGAAAGAAGAAAAAAUCAGCGAGAGAAUGAGUGUAGGAGGGUGGAGGGACGGAGAGUGAGGAGAGGACAGAGACACGGAGAGAGAUGAAGGGAAGAUUACUUUAGGUGUCGGUGAAAAGGUGCAGACAGACAUCAGAUAUUUUUUAUUUCAAUUUUCAGUAAAAAAUUCAGCGACUUUAUCUUUCUGAGAUGUUUUUAUUUUUCUUAUCCGAGUUCAGCCCAUUUAUGUGGACCGUGAUGGAAGAAAACAAAAGAGAGAAAUCUGAAAGAGACCAGACAAAGAAAUAAAUUACUGGUUUUCUCAGAGAGGCUGAUGGACGAAAACAAAAGUCUGCAAAACAUUUCACUCCAACAAAGACAUCCCCAGAAAACAACAUCAUCAUGUUCGAGGGUUUAUUCUAACAUAAUUUACCCACGCACAGUCAAACAGUCAUUUUGCACAACCAUACUGCUUUUGAUCUCCAUACAGAUGGACUCCUGUCUCCUGCUCAAUCCAUACUUAUUCAGAUUCAGGUGUGCAUGUGUGAGCCUUUCUCUUAUACUGUUUGAUUUGUUUGUUUUCUCAUCUGGAGAAAUUGUAACACUUAAAUGCUCAAUCAUGUCAUUUUAAUCUUGAAAAAGACCCUUUUUUUUAAAACAAACAUCAUCUCUAACCUCCAUGUAGAAGAUAACAUUGUGAAUAAAAAUGACUCAUAUGGAUGAUCAGCUUGCAUGUACUAACCCUGCCCUCUGCAUCAUCAGGAUCUAACAGUGUCAUAGUGGGUGUUUUAUUUAAACUGCUUCAGUCUGUUUACUCUUGCUGCUCCUUCUGCAAACAGUUUUGCACCCCUGCUCCUCUUUUUCAUGCUGUGUCUUAUUUUACUGGUGUUGAAUGUAUCAUCACUGAUACCUGCUGUACCAUGGGGGUCUUCUCUGUUGCUCUCCCUGCAGAGGAGGUGUGCUCUACCUGCCUUAAAGGGAUAUUCCGGCGUAAAAUUAAGUUAGGGUCAAACAUACCGUAACACCGAGUUAGAUACCCCCUCGAGAGAUAAAUGUUGCUGUCUGCUUCCUUCUCUAGUUAUACCAACUUCAGUAACGACCGCACGAUAGCAAUACACAGUGGUGUAUGGAUCCAUGUGCAGACCUCAACUAAAACGCCACUCUAUAGCCACAAAUAAUGCUCAGAACAGCACCUAACUUCAUCAACAGUACAUGUAGGGUCCCAGCCAUAGUACUAACCACCAAACAUCUUCAACAACAACAACUUUGACUGAUUUCUUUAGAAAAGAGACUAAACACAACUCACCUACUCUCUUCCAGCAGCUGCUUGUUUGUAUGGCAACCUCAGGCCAAUCUAUUACGGACAACAGGGGGGUUUUGCAGCUCAAGGAAGAACAUUUUUGCUCAUUACUUCAUCAUUUUCUUUAGGAAUAAUCAUCAUACAAAUCAUUUUGCACUACAGACGCUGUAGUUCUUCUGCCUUAGCGUGUCAUUCUGAUUGAAUUUCCAUAAAGAAAUGAUCAUAAAUGUUCUUCCUUGAGCUGUGUCAUCCCACAGUAGUCUGUAAUGGACUGGCCUGAGGUUUCGCUACAAACAUGCGGCUGCUGGAAGAGAGUAGGUGGGUUGUGUUUAGUCGCUUUGGUAAAGAAAUUAGGCAAAGUUAAAAAGAUGUUUGGUGGCUAGGACCCUAUAUGUCCUGUUGAUGAAGUUAGGUGCUGUUCUGAGCAUUAUUGGUGGCUAUAGAGUGGCGUUUUGGUUGAGGUUUGUUUAUGGCUCCUGUUUUGCUAUCCUGCGGUCGAUACUUAAGUUGGUAUAACUGGAAAAGCAAGCGAUCAUUCAUCUCCCGACAGGAUGUCUUGACCGCAAUACCCCUUUAAGGUUGGGUCUUGGUAAUUCAUCACACAAUGUGCGUGGUCUAGACUUGCUCUUUUUUGGAAAACGUCUUGGGAUAAUGACUGUUGUGAUUUGGCGCCAUAUUAAUAAAACAAUUCGAUUCAUUCUAUGGUGUCAUUUUACCACAAUAGCCAAUAGCAGAUAUUUAAAAACGGUUUCUCAUGAAUGUCUCAGUUCAUCUUUGUCUCUCGUCAUCGCCUGUAUUUUUCGAUGUUUCCUCAGUUUUACAAACACAUCUUUUCACCCUUUGUUAUAAUUCAGCCCACCAUUAGCUUUUUCUCUACGCUUUCAAUUUCCGUCCAUCUACCCUUUAAACCUCAAUUUCCCUGUUCAUUUGCAGCUAAAUCUUGCGUAUAAUAACACUUCUUGAUUGCAUCCUUUGUUUGCGGCGCUGCAAAGAAAACACAGCCUCUCUGUGUAUUUUACACAAACGGCUAAUGUCACAUUUUCUGACCUAAUUUCUCUUUUUUUUAUGAUUAACAAUUUGAACUGACCUUUGCAGAUGCAGGAACAUAAUGGACGGAAAAAAGCAAUGGAGAAGGUUGAUUAAUACAAGCUCAGGGACAGAGAUGCAUGAGUCCACACUCUCAGUUUGUGAUUUUCUUUGUCCUGAUUUCAACCGGUGAGGGAUAGCAGACAACAUAAGAGUGAGAAACGGCUCCGGGACAAGUUUAGCACAACACAGCUUUAUUACACAGCUGUCAGUCUGCAUCAUGAUCAUCUCCAAGCAGCACGGCCCCCCCUCCUCUCAAAUACCUGCACUGCCCGGGUGAAAUGUGCCAAAAACAGACAGCACAGCAUGGGCUGAGGCAUCCUUGUAGUCUGAAACCGUCAAAGGUGUUCCUGUAGAGAAAAAGUUUGGGGUCUAAAUAAAGGACAAGCAUGAUGCAAACAAAAACAAAACAUUUUGCGCAGUUAUUAUGCAGAUGAGAGUUAUUACUGUGAAAAACGCACCACUCACUCUGGAUUAGUUCUACCUUGGGACCUCUGAUGGUUCGUGAAUUACCCCUGACAUCAGAAAAUCUCUAAUUAAAUAAAUCCUGAGCGUUUCUGAUUGAAAACACAGAGACGCUGCACAAUAUAAACCUCGUCUCUGGGGGCUGCAUCACACUCUGCAGCACACAGCCUGCUGGGAAUUCAUAAAAAGAAGACAACGUCCUCAUAACAGCGAACAUCCGUGAAAAACGUGCAUUAAAAGCACAUGGCUGUGAGCUAAUUCAAUGCAUAAAAGCAGUCCACCUCAUAUUUUGCAGGCCACAUGCUGCAAAAGCACAUCAUCUGUCUGAGUCAUUCUUCAGCAUUUAGUUUCUUCUUGUAGAUUAUUAGUUUCCUCUUUAUGCGCACAGAUCUGGAUCCUGAAUUUUCACCCAAAAUAAUAAAAGUGUUUGUGUUUUAUGGGAUAUUUCAGUAUAAAAAUAAUUUAAGGUCAAACACACCGUAACACUGAGUUAGACACCCCUUCGAGAGAUGAAUGUUGCUGACCGCUUGCUUCUCUAGUUAUACCAACUUUAGUAACGACCGCACGAUAGCAAUACACAGAGGUCUGAGGAGUCAUAAACAAAUCUCAACCAAAAAGCCACAAAUAAUGCUCAGAACAGCACCUAACUUCAUCAACAGGACAUAUAGGGUCCUAGCUGCAGCUCUAGCCACCAAACAUCUUUUUUACUUUGCCUAAUUUCUUAAGCAAAGAGACUAAACACAACUCAACUACUCUCUUCCAGCAGCCGCACAUUUGUAGUGAGACCUCAGGCCAGUCCAUUACGGACUACUGUGGGGUGACACAGCUCAAGGAAGAACAUUUGUGAUAAUUCCUUCAUGGAAAUGCAAUCAGACUGAGACGCUAAGAAAAUGAUAAAGAAAUUAUCAUAAAUGUUCUUCCUUGAGCUGCAGAACCCCGCAGCAGACUGUAAUGGACUGGUCACAAACAAGUGGCUGCUGGAAGAGAGUAGGUGAGUUGUGUUUAAUCUCUUUGCUAAAGAAAUUAAACAAAGUUGAAAAGAUGUUUGGUGGCUAGUACUAUGGCUGGGACCCUAUAUGUCCUGUUGAUGAAGUUAGGUGCUGUUCUGAGCAUUAUUUGUGGCUAUAGAGUGGCGUUUUGGUUGAAGUUUGUUUAUGGCUCCUCAGACCGCUGUGUAUUACUAUCGUGCGGUCAUUUCUAAAGUUGGUAUAACUAGCGAAGCAAGCGGUUGGCAACAUUCAUCUCUAGAGGGGGUGUCUAACUCGUUGUUACCGUGUGUUUCACCCUAAAUUAAUUUAUGCCGGAAUAUCCCUUUAAUGUCCUUCAUCACCUUCAAGAUUCUGAUUUGAUUCACUUGACAUAUUACAAACAAAUCUGAUUUCACAGGGGAUUAAAAACACAGGCAGCCUCUGCAAUAAUUACAAAUUAUCAGAGAACUCCAGAUAACACUAAUCUGGAGCAAAAAGGGCUUAAUCGUAUCUGAUUGUCGCUGAUGGUGGCUGAACUGAUGGCACAACUUCUGAACUCAUUUUCAGCAAAGUUUAGUGACUGUGGAUUAUGCAAAUGUCCCCGAUUUUACUUUUUAAAUGAUUACACAGCGUGCAGAGCCGCGCACGUCUUCUUAACCACUUCUUACAACUCAAUUUUACAGACCUGCUUUAUGGGGAUUCACUUUUUAAGAUGAUAUUUUCAUCUCUCGCUUCCUCUUCUCCUCAUUAUUAAUGUGUGUUAUAUUACGGUUCAUAUUUUUGUCUCAUUACUGUUCAUUUUGUUUUCAUGUCCUCUAAUGUGAUGUCUCUUUUAUAACCCUUUAACAGCUUUUAUAACUUCAUCUGCCUUUUGAGAUGUGCAUGUUUCAUCAACUGCACUCAUAUUCCUGUUGAUUCCUGUUGGCAUUACACUUCACUCUAUUCAAUUUGGUCUGACUCUGUUAUUGUCUCUUUGCUUUUUUGCCUUUAAAGUCAUCUGGAAAUAAAGUUAUUAUUAAAAAAUCACUAUUAAUGAGAAUGUUUGAGUUUUCAACAAUUUUAGACAUAUAAAAAACAACCCAACAGAUGGUAAGAACGGAGUGAGUCUGGCUUAAUUAAAGGUUUCUCGAACAAGUUGUGCAAAUGACACAAACUCUGGAGAUGUUAUUUUGCUGAGUCCUGUGUUGACGGCAGUAAUAUGUAAAAAGAAAAAACAGAACCGGGGAUAUAUUUGUAAAAAUUUUUCCAAGCUUGACUUUUUUCCAGUCCUACCAAUGUCACUUGUCUGCAACUGCCAGACUAAUUUGCAUAUUUUAAUAAGCCUGGAGCCAUCGUCUUUAUUCCAGGUUUUUGAGGUGCAUUAUGAAUCAGUGCAGGACGAAAAUACUUUGGAAGCCGCAGCCAUCACAGAAAUGACACGCGGUGUAGCUGCAGGGUGAGAGGUGGUAGCUGUAGCUUCAGCAUCGAGUGCUUAGAGCUUUUAUUUUGACGUUUUUUAUACUGACUCUGGGCGUGCAAUUAUGAAGAAACCGGGACUAUGAGUAUAGAAUUGAGCAAUUGUGGGUGGUUUCUAAUGGCAACACCAUAGCAGGUCCAUAAUGUUCUCCACCUGAGGGUUAGCCAUCUUGUUUGUUGUGAAAAAUGCCUCAACAGUGUUUAUAAGAAGCCUCAUAAGUCAUUCAUCCUGGCCAUGUUACAUAUAUGCAUGUUUAUUAAUGAGGUGAGUAUAGCCGAUCAAAAGGAUGAAAAUCUGAUGUAGCAGCGAAAACAAAAACAUGCAGAUCUGUUACAGCGUGCCACGCACCAACUUGCUCUUUCCCGUCAAAAGAGAGAGAGCUGAAAUUAAUCAGCCUGUUGCCCAGAGUCAAAAUGAACUCUUUCAUUAUUUAAACCAAAAGGGGAUUAAAUCCAAAUUAAACAUUUGCCGAGAAUUCCUUCAGUAAAACCGUUUAACGAUUUUAAAUGAUUUCCAGUUAUAGAUUUAUGACACUGCAUUUCUUUUUGUCCUCCAGCUCUGCUCCUGCUGUAUGACGUCACCAACAAAACCUCCUUCGACAACAUCAGGGUGAGUUUUGAUUCAGUUCUGGUCUGAUUUCCAUGUGAUCCAUGUGUUUGCCACAUUUUCCCUCGAUCCUGCACCUCGCAGCUUGUACCGCCUUUCUUGAUCCAAAUCCAAAUAGUGGAAAAAAAGGACGUCAUCAACAACCAGCUUUUAAAACAGGGUUAUGACAUGGUUCGUAUUUAAUGAGACAUCACACCUCAGUCUUUAACAGGAGGGGAGGGACCUCUGUUUCUUCUCACCAGCAGAGCACGUGUCAGGCGCUGCAGGUUAUCAGAAGCAAAGGGUGAGAACUCGUCUGGUUAACUGAUUCCAGCUUGUGAUCUCACGCAGAUAUUACAAAAGAUGUAUAUAUAAAAUAAAGCCCCAAGAAAUGUAAGAGAAAACUUCCUGGUCGAAUCGCUUUAACUUGAAAGGCUUCGAAUCAACUUUACAAUGUAAAAAAAAAAACUACCCCUGGUAUAUUUGCUUUUAUUUUGAAAGGCUUUAAAUAAACUUCCGGUCCACUUCAGUGAAAGUGGGUCCUCACAGUGGAGGUCUGCAGCCAGACUGUCUUGGAAAAUAUUCUAGGGUGACCAUACGUCCUCUUUUACCCAAACAUGUCUUCUUUUUGGGAUCUGUCCAGACUUGUCCAGGGGAGUUUAUAAAAUCAUUUAAAUGUCCGGGGUUUUGUACGGAAGUAUUUAGUUUGUGUCGCAUGGAAUUACUGAGUUAGAAGUGCGUAAAAAACACUCGACCCGGCCCGUACUACAAGCGACUCUGCGACUCCGCCCCGCAAGAUCACCCUAAAAAUAUCCUAGCGGUACCGUACAUUUAGAUUAUCCAGAUUAUCAGAAGCAAGAACCAAUCGAGUAAACAAAUGGUGCAUCGCAAACAGAUCUAAGCAUGGUGGACAAAUACUUGAAUGGCUGAAAAUGCACCAGGGCAGCCCACCUAGGUACCUUUGAUUUGUGGGAAACACCGCAAGAUCCUCCACCAGAUUAUCAGGCACAAGAGAAAGGAACUUGUCUAGUUGACUAAUGGUUCAUCGUGAUCUUAUACAGAUAUUUAAAAAGAUACCUAUGUGGUCAGCAAAUACUUGAGUUGCUGAAAAUAUACCUUGGCAGUCCAACUAGGUAUCAUACAUGUGUGGGAAAUGCAACAUGAUCUUGCUCCAGAUUGUCAGGAGCAAAGGGCUUAUACAGGUAUUUAGACAGAUGCAUGUAUGGUCAACAAAUACUUCAAUGGCUGAAAAUGCACCAGGGCAGGCCAUCUAGGUAUCUUUGAUUGGUGGGAAACACCGCAGGAUCCUCCACCAGAUUAUCAGGCACAAAAGGAAGGACCUUGUCUAGUUUAACUGUUGGUUCAUCGUGAUCUUUAGACUAUCCAAUCCAUCGUCUGUGUCUGAGAACCAGUCUACAUCUCGCUCCAGUGGGAAAUGUGCCAGACCUCCUCAGGUUGUACUUGGCGUCACUUUUACUGUCGGACAUUAUUCACCGUUAUUAUGAGGUUUGGACAAUUUCUAAUCAAGUAUUUAACACUUCUGGGUAAAAAUCCAUGUAGUUAAGGGAAUCCACACAUCAUUCCCAGUACAGUUAAUCAGAUUUCUCCCUCGUAAUUGGCUCGGUUGAAGCCCUUCAGAUUGAUUUUGUUGAUCAAAAGGAUUUGUAGAUCUGAAGGCUCUGUGAGUGAAUGAAUGACUGCGUGAUACGACUUCUGACAAAAUGUCAUCGUUCACUGUCAGCGCAUCUGCCGGCAACAUUAUUAACCGAUGUUUAAAGUCAGUCACUGUGACAGAAAGGGAUCUGAUGUUCUUCUUUAGAUGUCAAAUGGGAAUAAAAAAAGAGAGAGAGAGGGAAGAGCGCAGACCUCACAGGAAGACUGAGGAAGAUAGACUGUGAUUUAGUGAAGGAUAGCAGGGUCAGAUUUAAGUUGACUUCAUGUUCUUUCUAUAGACCAGAGGGACUUCUCUAACUGUCCAUUUAUCCAACACGGCUCCACUCUCCGUCACUCUUCGCUGGGCUCUAAUGCUUCAAAUCAAAAGGAAAAAUACAUGAAGUUUGACUUGUUCUGACUCCUCUCUUUCUUGGAAUCAAACAUGAACAGUCGGCGCCAGCAGCGUGAUCUGUAAUAAGCUCGUCAGUGUUCAGUUUUUAGCCCGGAGAGCGUUUCAGACCGUAGACUCGAGAGUUUUACCUCAUCUGCUCCUUCGAGUCCAACAACACCUCCAAGUUUUUGAAAGUCAAGGAAGUGGCUUUUAUUGAGCAGUUGAGUUAUGUGUUUUUAUUUCCUUCAGGGGGAUUUAUCUUCUGUAUUUCAGUGUUGGUUUUAUUACAGAGCGGUGGACAAACACAGGCAGAGACCAGGUGAAGGAGUUGUACAUGCAGAGGUCGAGGUCCAGCAGCAUUCCAUGAAGUGUUUGCUGCUUGUUUCCAACACUUCAGAGUAAUUCAAAUCAACCAACUGUUAUCCAUGUGAACUGUUACAGAUUAGGGCUGGGCGAUAUGGCCUCAAAUCAAUAUCACAAUAUAUUGAUCAGUUCACCUUGAUAACGAUAAAUGGACAAUAACUACUCCACAAGCUGCUCACCCCCUCCCACAUUACCUUCGUCUACUCCAGCCGCUACAACUUUUGAACCGUCCUCCAUCUCCUCACCUGUCUUUCCCUCUUUGUAACGGACUGGAUGGGGUGGAGUCACGUCUCUGACGUAGGACAGCAUCUUAAAGGGACAUGAGACUAUAGCCUACCUACACACAUCCAAAACAAACUUUAUUUAUUCAUUUUUUUUACCAAUUUAGGUAAAAUGACGUUAGAUAUUGACGUAAAUUACGGUAUCUGUAAAUUUUCCGUUUAUCGCCCAGCCCUAUUACCGAUUAUUAUAUCAAUUUCUCACCAAUAUCACGCACCCUUCACUGUCAUCAUCUAUCAUCUCCUUUCAUGGAAUUUUCAUGGAGUGCAGUAGCUGGAUCACAGUGAGCUGAACGUGGUCAAAUAGGUGAUGCAUUAUUUUUUUACCUCUUGUAAAUCUAAAAUUCAGGCCGCCAAAAGAGUCAGCAGGGGAGGAAGGACACAAGCAUCACGCUGGUGCAGUUGAUGUGCGUGUAAUGAAGCUGCCGUACUUGUUUUUUCACUCACCAGCAGCAUUAUUCAUUUGCAUUGUAAAUGCGUCUUAUUUACAUCAAGCAUCAAUAUGAAGGCCAAAAAACUGCCGACACAAAUGCCGACUCUGCUCCGCCUGUCAUCUUGGGUUUGCUGUAAAUAUAACACAGUGAGUACCACAGCAUCUAUUUUAACCCAUGUCCAGCCUUUGAAGAGCCUCUCUGGUGUCCCAUCCAUCUGAAGCCUUCUCAUUUCUAGGGACAUGUGACAGUGACAACUUAUUUAUUAUAUUUAUUUAAAAUUUCAGGGAAGGGUGUCCUGUAAUUUCCUGGAAAUAUUCUGGAGUGCAUGAGCGGAAAAAGAAAAGUAUUUCCAACUGUAUUUUUGAUAUUCAGUGACCUCCUAAAAUAAAUAAUCACCAGCUGACAGAAAUUGUACCACCUCCUCAGAUAAUGACUCAAACUGUUUUUGCCAAAGUGCUGUCAUAUCAGGGGUUACGAAAGAGGAUUAGGGACACAUGAAGAGAAAAAAAAGGAGAGGAAGAGAAAAAAAAAAAGAGGAGAAAAAAAUAAUUACCAGAAGGAGAUUAAAGUUGAAAUUUCCAGAUAAAAAAAAUGAAAUUAUGUCGAAAGUCAAAAUUUUGAGAUUAAAGUCGACAUGAAUAAAGUCGAAAUUUUGCCUUUUUUAAAAUUGCGACGUUAAUCUUGAGAUGGAAAUUAAAACAUUUCCCUCCUGUAAUUAUUUUUCUCUCCUCUUGUGGCCCUAAUCCUCUUUCGUAAAGGGGUCCGUAUUAGUUCCCACAGAGUUAACAAACCCAGCGAUGAUACACUGUCUUGUAAUCCAUCUUCCUUAAAUUGAACAUCCGCCAGGGUCGCUAAAAUGGAGGCAGUGUAGCGUGCAUGUUUACAUUUUACAGUCAUGUUAAACAGGCACACUUUUAAGCAAGGAGCUGCACUUCAGUGAUACCAGACAGACUUCUAAAUUAUUGCAUGAUCUGAGUAACAAAAUGGCGUGUUUCAGGUCAUAUUGCACUUCUUGCAGAGUCCCCUUUUACAGUCAUAACAUGUCUGCAUUUUUACUCCUUUAAGAGGCUUUUAGGUGCAUGUCUAUAUGGGGAAAUAACUAAUCAUUCUCAGUCACCUUUGGACACUCUAGAGUCAGUACUAUGUAACAACAAGGAAUGAUUUAAUGGUGCAUCCGGCACAAAGUGUUUUGGCGUGCAAAGUGUUUUUUCUCCACCUGACCCACUUAGCACGCAGGCUGCGUAAACAUUAAGGGAACUUCAGCCCGUGUUUGCUCUUAAAAGCAGGUGUGGUCGGCUGCAAAGGUGGUGUGUUACUAUCUUCAGGCUGCAGAAAUCGUCUGUGCCAUAGACCAGAAGAAACCUGGUCUGAAGAUGGCAGAGAGUAGAAAAGGCAGAAGAGUUGGCUUUGUGCUAUCCUUUGACUUUCAUCUACAAAGAGAGAUUAUGAACGAUCUCUCUUUAAAUGAUACAGCGAAACUAAGUGGGAUAGAGUGAGUAUUUUCCUUUGUUUCCAUACAUCAGAGUGCUUCUCACUGCUAUAUCCUUUCUAUUUAGCGUCCUAUAGGAAAGCCAUGUGAUCCAGCUGGGUAAAUAAGUAAAUAAAGAUCAACAGCCUGCCUUUCUUUGAUGUAAAGCACACAGGAUGUUAGCCAUCAUUAGAUUCUGUCUGAUACUGUUAGCAGUAUCUGAGUUUUAGGUAAUAAUGAAGUUAGGCUGCUGUGUCCUCUUGUAUCAGCGUUUGCUCGUCUGAAGGUUCCUGUUUCAGUGGAUUCAUAUUAAUUCAUGCAACGCUGUAACUCAUGAUCUGUGUGGUUUUUUUGUGUUUGUAGAGAAGUUUGCAGUCAGCUGUGUCUGCAGGUGCACCUAAGUCUUAAAGGGAAGGAGAGCCGAAUCCCAAAUCACCCUGUACCUGACCUUACUUAGACUGUGCACGCCUUAAACAUGAUCAGACACCCCCUGAUUCAGUCUGAUCCAUGUGCUUUGGACCCCGUGUUGAAGAUCCUUUAAACAGAGCCCUAAAAGUUAACAUCAGUCUCCUAGCUACGCCUUUUGGAACAUAAAACUCCAUUGAACAUAAUCCUUGUAUGCAGCCAGCUCUGCAGGAUACUGCAGAUCACAAUCGAAUUACAAUGUAGUCUCCACAAAACCAGACAUUUUCCCUUCAUUGAUUUAACUCAUAAUAUGAAAAUGAAAAUUCAAUACAAGAAAGCAGUUUACCCUCUGCUUUAUGCUGCCUGGAUGUAGAGUUUCUGCAUUCAGGGGAAGAUAAGUCAGAUAUUUGCAGCUUCUGUGUCUCUUUGUUGUGUUUAAUAGGAUGAAAUGCCCGACAGAGGCUGGUCCUCCAGGUGCCUUUCUGCUCCACAUGUGAUAGAUUUUUUGUCUUUUGUUUGGAGAAAUAUUUAACAAGCUGUGAAAAAAAAGAAUGAAAUGUUAAGGCAGGAAAAGUAGGGUGUAAAAACGAUCCAGAGACACCUGUGAGAGCGCAUUUAAAGUAAACAAACACUUCAUGACUUGACUCGGUAACUGAGGAAAUUUGCAUCCGCAGUCAUACCCGAUUCAAGGAAAACAAACAGCAGCACAAAGUGGCAGUUUUUCUAGCCACAUCGAUCUCCCCCAUUACCCUCCUGUAUAGUGUCACCGCUGUCAGGUGGAGUGAAGUCGUGCCAGCUGGUGUCACUAUGUCAACACACCUGCUGUUUCCCCCCCCCGUGCGGUAAAUAUACCCUCGAACAGGAGGGCCGGCUAUUUCCAACGGCUCUAAUUGCCACUGGCCGUCAGAGAGAAUGUCCUUCACAGCAGCAAAGAGGCUGUUAUGGGGAGGAGAGUGUGUGUCACUGCCUGAAAAUGUGAGAUGCCCAUUUUUCCCAGGAGAUGUUUAAGGCAGGAAAAAAGUGCUACUCCAGCUCCAGAUGUGAAUAUCAGCAUAACAAGGAUGCGUGUGUGUUCAUGUGUCUGUUUUCCCCAACAGACUCUCCUGUUUAUCUGCUGACUUCUUUUUACCUUGUACCCUUUAUUUCAUCACAAACAUACUAUUGCCAACAUUUUUCUGCUUCUUUCUCACAAUCUUCAACUUUAACAUUUAAUGAAACCACGAAAAAAUUUCACAGUUCGUCAUUUUCCAACAGAUGGGAUGACUUUGGUUUAAAACGACUAUGUCAAAGAAGCACUUACCCGAGCUGAGACAUCAGGGCUGUUCCUCUAUUUUUCUGAAGCAGGAUAAAAUUAAAAGUAACAGCGUGAUUGUGCAAGAGAAAACAUUUUAAAGAUUGUAGAGGACACUGAUCUGACUCGUUAAUAAGCUGUAGUAGUUAAUCUCGCGCUUAUAAAAAGAAGUGAAUAUCAGAUCCAGCUCAAUAGAAAGCAAUUUAACCGAUCUAAUUGUAGUUUAAUUAGCACCAUUUUCAUCAAAGAGGAUUAAUAUCUGAGAGCUCCCUGGUAGAGAGGGCGCAGUUCCCCUCCUUUGUAUGCAAAUACAUGAAAAGCCAAGGCAGGGAGAGCAGCAGCAAAGACCCCCGGGGUACAGAACAGGUAUGGUGACUAUACAUAUGUUAGAUGCUGAUGUUUGAUUUGUAGGAACAUGCUCAAAGAGGACUUUCUUAGCUUUACUGAUUUUGCAUUUGUCUUUAAUUUAACGGUUCUUUGCUGUUAGGAAAUAAAUGAUGUCUGAAUUCCGUUCUGGUUCAUCUUUAAUAGUUUUAUGUAAUUUUCCGAUCAAAAAAAGCCUCAAAUUUCUCACAGUGGUGUAUUAAAAUAUCAUUAUUUUAGCCUCUGUCUAAAACGUCUCGUUUUAGCUAAUGUCUCUUUAAAAUGCCCCCCCACCCACUCACCCACAAGCCUGCUUUCCUCUGAUUGGCCACCUCUCGGGAGGAGUUCCGGAAUGCUGAGGGCAGAGCUUGAUGUUUUGCCCCAUUCCCUCUUCUGUGGGGGAGUUCAGUUCAUAUAUACAUAUAUAUGUUGCCAUUUUAGAUGUUUUUAACAAACAAAACAACUUGGAAAUCAUGUGCAACUUAAAUUAUGUUGAACUGAAAGAGUAUAUCUGCCUUUCCCACUGAUGUAAUAUUGCUGGGUCAACUUUGUAAUACGUACUUGGUCUCACUCACAGCGAGCCUGUUAACCAAGUUUGACAGCUGAUAAACACAGGCACACCCACAAAGACUGUCACUUAGACAAAAAAGAUAAAUAAAUAAAUAAAUAAAAUAGGCUGUCAUACAAGAAAUUAAAAUCCUGAUUGUGGUCUCAGCCUUGAUAACUCACGCAAAGUGACUCAAAAGUUAGCCCUUGCGUGCAAAUAGCUGUGAAACAACUGUGCUUCAUAAUUAAGUCUUUUUUUAUUUCAAAGAAAAUCUGCCAUCUCAAUAUGUCCGAGCAUCCAGACUCACAGCUACGUUAUUAAGGUCUGUAAUAAACCAAACUAUUUGUAAAUCUCUCAAGAUUUCAGCGAGUUAAGAGUAUUUUUGAUCAUGCAGAUUACUCACCUCCCGUCAGCUACCAUAGCACAUACAAGAGUCGUAUACUGGAGCAAGAUGGCCGCCAAGUAGGGAUGCAGGUGACUCCGCCUCAAAUCAUCUAGCCUUUCUUAUAUAUAUGUAUGUGUAUAUGUAUAUGAGUCAGGCCAUUAAACUUUGCUUUAAGCACAUGAACCAGUUAGAGUAAAGUCAGAGUUUUAGUAAAUCUCGCACGUAAACUACGGUCCCGCGUUUUCCCACGUUUGUCCAAGAUUUGAGCAGUUUGCAUCUGUUUUCUAUGAUCAUGACAUUAUAUUUUUAUGUUAUACUGUAUGUAACAUGGACACCAAACUUUGUAACUUUGCAGUUCUGGUAUGAAUGUGAAAAAGCAUGAAACCCCCUCUUUAAUGAGACAAUGAUCGAUGUCAUUAGUUUCUUGUGUUUUUCUUCUGUUUCGUAUUAAAAUACUUCAACAUCAUCUCUCCUUCACCCACAGCACUUUGGAAAGCACUUGUUUUUGUUCAAUCUUUACAGUUUGCAACAUUUCGCUGUAUUUACUCCCCGGGAGAUAGAUUUGGGGCAAACUCAGAGGAAACAGUUUGACAUAUCCUCGCAUCGCCCUGUUAAGCUUCGCCUCCCCUCUUUCUCGCCUCCACAUCCCUCCGCCGCCCCCCACAAUCAGUCUCCGUCUAUUACAGUGAAUAGAAACGCUGGCGGGGAGCUACAGAUGCCCGCUGGCACACCGCUGCCUAACGAGCACUAACUCAUGCUAAUGAACGCUAAUGGUGAUGAAUGCCGCCGAAAGAGAGGGAGCAAAGAGACGAGCAAAUCAUUUCUCUCCUCCUCCGCCCGCAGACCCGCUUCCCUCUGCUGUGUAUUAUUGUCUCCCCCCCGGUUAGGAGACAUUUAGGCAAGCAAAGCAUUAACGUCACAGGAGCUGUCCAUCAAAUCAAGAGAGAGAAAAAAGACCCGACACUUACGGCAAGAGACGCUCAGUCAAAACAUUCUCCUCUUUGUGCUGUGACAUUUCUGUGUCCUAAAAAUAUCACCAGCUAUAUUCGGAGAGCAUAACCUCGUUUAAAAAGAAAAGUGACUUUUCCUUAAGUCUUAAAAUGAGAAGAUUAUGUUCCCGGUUUGUGCGUUCAUGUUUCCAGAGCUUCUUCGAUUUACACUGUCGGAUUUUGUUUGUCUUACACAUAGUUGUGAGUAUUUAUUGAUGUUGUAAGCCAUCGAAGUAAGAAUAUACAAUCCAUCUAGUGAUGUGAUGGAUGUCUCUCUGUCAGAUGUAGUUCUUCGGGGAAACUACAAGAGUCCAUUUAGGCCUCUACUUCAAAUCAUUUGUCUGAGUUACUUGGUUGGAAACGGACCGGCUCCUUUAAAGCUAGGAACAUUUGCCUCUGACAGAAAUCCAAGAGUCUGUCAAACCAGAACCAUUCAGAACUCCCUCAAUGUCAAUUAGGCUGUAGUUCCUGAAACGCAACAUUUAAAGUGGAAAACAGACUGCUCCGGGUUUGCCCGUCAGCUAAAAAGCUGAAAUGUUGGUAAGAGAGCGCCUCUGGCAGAGGAACCUCUGCAGCUGAGAUUAGUUCAAAAAGAAAAGAGGAUCUUUGUUAAUGUUUAUCUGACAAGAGCUGGGUAGAUAAUAUAACUGCUUUUGUUAGAAUUAAAGGUUGCAAAAUGUUGAUGUGAAAUAUUAAAGUAAAGGUAUCCCCAUUCUGAGUCAUCCCUGCCCUUCCACAUGCUCACGUGCAAUGCAAAAGCUGGCAGCAGCAGCAUCAGGGACACACUCUCCUAUCUAUUUCACUCUUAUAUAUGAAAAGUCAUGGCAGGGAGAGCAGCAGCAAAGAAAAGACACAGCUGACACUCAACAAACCACUCCACUUUAGUGUUAUCUGUAUUAUCACUGAUGCCCAGUCUGUUCUGCAUCCUUGCUGCUGCUCUGCCUGCCUUGGCUUUUUAUGUAUUAAAGUAGCAGUGUGCUUUCUCACAGUCUCCUAUCUAUUUCACCUGCAUGCAUGCAUAAAAAGCCAUGGCGGGGAGAGCAGCAGCAAAGAAACGACAGCUGCUCCCUUCAUAAACCAAUCCACUUUGGUGUCAUCUGCAUUAUCACAGAUGCCUGCUCUGCUAUGUUCUGUUCUGCAUCUUUGCUGCUGCUCUCCCCGUCGCAGAUUUUUAUGUAUGAAAGUAACAGUGGUAGAAGGUGUGCUUUCUCACACUCUCCUAUCUAUUUCACCUGCAUGCAUGCAUAAAAAACCAUAGCAGGGAGAGCAGCAGCAAAGAAAAGACACAGCUGCUUCCUCCAUAAACCGCUCCACUUUAGUGUCAUCUGUAUUAUCACUGAUGCCUGCUCUGCUCUGUUCUGCUCUGCUCUGUUUUGUUCUGCAUCUUUGCUGCUGCUCUCCCUGCCUCUGCUUUUCAUGCUUGAAAGUAACAGUGGUAGAAGGUGUGCUUUCUCACUCAUGCAUUUCAUAUUUACAUUUAGGAAGGCAGGGAUCUCUGAGAACAGAAACAUAUUUGUUUUGUUCGUAGUGUCGGUUUAGCUGCUGGAUUUUAACCCUGCUUUUGUCUUCUUAAGGCACAACUUCACAUCCCUGCUGUUACUCUCCCUACAACAGUUUUGACCUCUUAUCGGCUUUUUUUUUAGCACCAAAUCAAAAACUACUACUGUGCUAAAAGCUGAUUGGCUCACUUAUUGACGCUAAAAGAGUCUAUUGGAUAAAACCACUGAACCUGCGUCUCUAUACGGUGACUUCUCUAACUGUGCCUAGUCGGAAAAUCUCAGUCUGGAUCCUACAACAUGUUCCCGUUUAAGCUGCAGGACUUCAUCCUCAUCCUCAUCAUGCUGAACUCUCCCCACAAUAGUCCCAGCUGAGGUUUCCUAACACCAGAUCAGUGCUGAGGCAGUGAUUUAAGCUAGGCAGUCUCCAGUGACCCAAAGUGAGUUUCUUAUUGACCGUGGAGAUCAAUAGCUGUUACCUUGAUCGGAGUACACUGCCUCUCGAUAUAAUAACUUUCUUAUUGAACAGUCUGGCUUUGAUGCCGAUUUAAGUGGUUUACUUCGUGGCUGCGCAUCCAAACAUCUGUGUGUGUGUUUGCAUGCGCAGCUGCUCGGCCGCUUGAUCAUGCAAAGUGCGUAAACCCGGUCCAAGAGACGACAGAGAUGAAAAAACCUUCAUCUCUGAGCCUUCAUUCAUCUCUCUCUCUCAGUCUCUCUCUCUUUCUUUCUCUCCGUCCCAGGGGCACGAUCUGGCUUCAAAUGAAACGGCCGCCUGCCUACCACAUAGCAGUUAGUUAAAUGUCAUGGCACCACCGCACCAGAUGGUGAUGAGAGGAACUGUCGGUAAAUAAUGCAGUGAUAUGAAUUUAAAUACCAGUCAUUUAAAAUCACUGGAGACUCUGGCAUUUUGGAAGUGAAUCAUUUAAAGCAAGCGUUACAUGGAGAAACACAUCAUGUUUUAUCCCGCAGGGUAACGCUAGCGAGGCCUUGACACGCGGUAAUGUUCAUACAUUACCUCGUCAGUCACACAUCACCUGUAAUUUGCACCCCAGCAUGGAAAAUUAUUAGUAUUUCAGCCUCAUUGCUCCAGCAGAUUAUUGCCUGUCCUCGCCGGCGGAGCACACAGCUCUGCAGAGGCGAAAUGAUCCACCACUGUUCAGAUUCAUUUCUGUGCACAUUUCCAUUUACUUUGAAGGCAGCCGCAAAGUCACAGAACCGAUUGCACGCCCCUGUGCGCACAAAAACACUCAGAGCAAGAUGAAUGAAGAUGUCCUGUCGGCUGCGUGCUUUACGUUGUUGUCGGUGCACUUCAAUUUCCCCAGAAGGUGUAAAAAUAAGUGAAAUUCAUCUUUGGGGAUGGAGCCGCGCCAGAAAUGUUCCUCUACCUUUAAAGAAAUAACUCAAGAAUAGAUGAGAAACGGUUCAGUCUCCUGCUUUCCUGCCUUCUUUGCAUGUUUGUUUUUUUUUGUUUCACUCUCCUGUUUGUUGUCUGAGUUUGGGAAAACAGUCAUCUCGCUGCUGCUCGUUACGUAACACCUUCACUUCUGCCCGCUCACCAGAAAAGCGGCCUUUUAUGUUCCUCGGAGUUGGUUGCAAACUCUGCAGGAAAAAAAAAAAACAAAAAAAAAAGCACUUUACCUGCGAAAGAGGGGCUGAAAAAGGUCGAAGCAAUUCAGACAAAUGAAAAAAUGAUUUGCAGGCCGACUCUUUCCAUCCGUCCCUUCAUCGUCAAAAAGCACCGUAAAGUAUUUUGUCGGAUCAGAGGCAGCUUUUUUUUGCCACGAACUGAAGUGCUAAACCACCCACUCAGCUUUUGGCCUAGAAAUCCACAACUUUAUCGAGAGGCGUAUCCAAGGACAGAGGUUCAUUCGCUCUCAUUAUUCUAAAACACUUAUGAGUCGACGUAUGAGGCACAAAAACAAGAAAUAUUCAAGUUUGAGGAUCAAAUGUUGCUUUGAGAGGGCUUUUGACCGUACAAAGAAAACUCUGCAUGAAAGACUUUUUCGGUCAAACGAGCAGAAGUUGGAGGAAGCUGCUUUGAAAAGUUUCCCAUGACCUUAGAGCGUCUCACACUGAGUCACUUUUUUGUUUCCAUUUUUCCUAAAAACCUUCAAACAUGCUACACAGUUCUCCGAUAAUCCUAAAAACCAGGGGUCCUGGACCGCACGGCCUCGAGAGUGAAUCAUCCAAUCAUCGCCUACGCUGCAUGUCUGCUGCAGCACCCAUUAGUCACACAAACUAUUGACACUACAGUCUGAGACAAUAUGGGAAGCCUCUAAAGCUCUGUGUGCAAACCUCCUUGUUUGCAGAUUUCGUCGCUUCCUCUCCGCGCUUUUGUUCUCUUAUAGAUGAUAUUCCUUCAUUUCACAAGUUCAACAAUCAGUCAGAGUUGAAUCGUGUUCAUUCGUCUUAGAAAUCCACCAAACGUACAUAUUAAAACUCUGCUUUUCUGUCACUCUGUCUCUUUUGUCUCUUUGCAGCGUUUUUUCCUGGCAUGAGUAAAUGCAGAGGCGUCAUUAAUUUUUUUUUUUUUUUUUUUACUGUGACUCUGGCUUUUAUCACAGUCCUGCAAUCCUUUUAUCAUCCAGACAGAAAGGACCUUAUAGCUCUUUGUCUGAAACAGGAAAAAAAGGAUGAAAAUGGAUUUCCAUUAUUUGUAUGAGCAGAAUAGUAAGUGGCCUCUAAAAUACUGUGGCUGGCUUUUACCUGAUGGUGCGAUGAAGUGAAUGUGAGUUUCUGUAACGACAUAAAACUAAAUAUUUUUUACUUGGAGCACAGCAGGAUCUCUUAAUUAUCAUGUUACCUGGUUUUUGGAGCAGCAUGUUGCUUUUGAUGUUUUCAGUGUUAUCUGUCAUGCAACAGGAAAAAGAAUGAAUGCAUUAGGCGUGUGCAGAAGCUGAUACGUUAAAACCUCUGAAGCCGACCAGCUUGCAUGCUAAAUUCAGUUAAAUUAGAUAGACGUGUGGUAUGGUACGAAUGAUUAGGGUCCGCCUUGUGUUAUCAGACAGCUUCACCUUGGUGAGUGGGUUUGGAUCCAUUCAAUUCAUUGUCUUUGUCCAGGUAACCCUUCUUUGUGAGGCAGCACAGAGGCAGAAACAGAAUAAAUCAUCCAGCUUAUUCAAAACAGCCGGAAUCACAGAUUCAGUGAACCGCCCUGCAGUGGAAGCUGCUAUCAUGGAUGUUCACGGAGAGGCUGAGAGAACCCGCCCCGUUUCUAAAUGAAGGACUCUGAUUGGUCUGGCUUAUCUGAAAUUGGUGGGAAUCAGGGUUGUCAAAACUGCUCCAAAAUGACGUUUGAAUAUUCGGUCUAAAAAUAACACACAAGGUUUGAACAUAUUCAAAUACACACACACACACACACACACCUCUAACUUGUGCGAGCAAUUAAAGGUCCUGACUGUUGUCCGUAUAGACAGGCUUAAUUAAGUGAUUAAAGCAAUGAUGAUAAGCUAAUUCUAGCUCACACAGCUUGCAUAUAACUUUAUCUCGCCCAGCAAGAAUUUCGAAACGCCACGUCUAAAGUUCAUUGGAGUCCGGACCACUCUCUCUGAGUUUGGCUCCGAACAUCCCUCCAUCUCUCUUUGCAUUUGCCACGGACUGUAUUUGUCAAGUCUCACUGCAGGUGCAGCUCCUGUGACCUGUCCCUGACCAGUCGUUACCAUAGACUGUAUACAGAAUGGACAGCGUCCAACUACAUGUUGACAUGUAAUGGAUCAUAAGACUAGUUUGUGCUCAAGUCCUCGUUUCUCUGUGCAGCUCCAUUUUUAAAAGUUAUCAGGGGAUUCAUGUUUUUCUAUGAUUGACACUUGACACAGCCUAUGGGUGUACAAAGAUUGCGUAGCUCACCCAGGGGAUACGCUGUUUGAGCCGAGCGUCAUCACAGCGACUCUCCUGUAGAAUGGGUAAAACACUACGGUGCAAUGUUGGUUUCAGGAAAUGGAGAAAAAAACGCGGAAAUACCGAGAGCUUUUUGGCUUCAAAUCUGUAUACAGGCGGAAGUCGAAACCAAGUUGUCCAAAGUAUAUACAGUCUGUGGUCGUUACAGUGCGCGCGCUCACAAAGCAGCCGCUGUUUUUUUUUUUUUUCUUCGUUUUUCUCCCCCUCAGUUUUUUUCCCACUGUUUUUUUUAUAUUCGAAUUUUUGAAUGUCUUUUUUUUUUAAUAUUCGAAUAUAUAUGUAAAUUUAGAAUAUUCGUUGACAGCCCUGGUGGAAAUUUGUUUUAAAUGAGAACUAUGACAAUUGAUUGUGAAAACCAGAUCAAUUUAAGUCCAAAAAAUAUUUGAAUCAGGUCAUUCGCCAACAUCAGAGCACAGGUGACGUUAGCAUCCAGCGGCUUAUGCUGCUAUAUCAUCUUCAGGUCUAAUUUUACUUCAUAUAAGAGCUCCACCAACGGCGGUGUUACGGCUCAACAUGUGUCCCGGUUAACCGGCCACUCUGGCUUGUUGUCAUAGCAACAAUUUAACUGAAAGUCACCAGUUAGCAGGGGUACUUGUUCGAUCAAAACACCAACAACAAGACAGGAUCAGAAACCUUUACGGCGUACCUGCGGUUUCUUUCUAGCAAAUCAACAAAAGAGGAAUAAAUUUCAAAGAUAACUUAAAAGAUGAAUCAACUGGACUAAAGAUUUUAACCGCGACGUCCAAGGAAAGACCAUAGCUAAAUGCUUGCAUUAGCUGUGUUCUGAUGGAAUGAUGAUGUCUGAGCAUUUCCAUCCACAUGUGCAAAAACACUGUAAAAAAAACUGCUUUUUUAAUGUGUUUCUAGAUACCUUGUUGUAUUCGGACUGAUCUGGUUUCUGCCGUGUUAAUAAGCCUGCAGCGUGUCAGGGCAUUCACAGUCGCUCUCAGAUGUUGCUAGGCUCCUAACAGCAGAGGAAGAAACACUGGAUCAAAGUAUCUCAGCAGAGGUCACCCUCUUCCCACGCAGGGUGACUGUAUCAAAGUCGGUAAACUCUGUGUAUGGCUUAAGGGUUUAUUUUUUUUAGCGUUUCAGCAUUUUGCUGUUCUCCACCUUUGUUUUAUCGUGGCCUAUCCCCCUUGAAUUUGAAUUUUAUGAUAUGAGAAGUUCAGAUGAUGAUUAUGAGUAGGCAUAGAUGCUCUUUUAGACCAGGAGAGGGAUUUGGUUAAGGAGCUCUGUGAGGAUCUCGCUUUGAUUGGCAGGACGACACUGAGCUUCACGUUCCCUCCCCCCCGUCACUCGGUGCAUGUCGCAGAAAGCAAUUGGCACAGAUGUCUCCGAGGGAAUCACGAUAAUGAGGGCCACAUGUGUGCACACAAUCUCAAAAAAGUGAGGCGCAACAACAGGGAAGCCGAGUCUUUCUUCUCACUGUGUGGUUCGGAUGCGGCGUGAAUGAAUUCAUUAGAAUGCAAAAGUACAAAGUGACACAUUUGCAGGUUAAUGACUUCAGUUCUUUGUGUUUGCCGCUCCGAGACCUUUCAGUUGCCUCACGCUGAAUCUCAAUUUCGGUGGCACUUGACACUUUUGCCAUUUUUAUUCCAUCUUUUCUCCUCGUUACACAGUGAAACCUUAAAUUAUUGAUAUGCUCUUUUAUAUUCAUUAUUCGCUGAGAGAGAGGUUUAUUCUCAAGGCUCCUCUGACAGGAAAUGAACCGACUCGGUUUAACUCUUGACUUGACCGCUUGCCACCAAAAAGCGACAUCAUUUGUCUCUCGACCCUUCUGCUCGCCUGAAGUCCUUGUGGGGGAUGAGUUCACAGUUCUUCUGUGUGGUCAUGAUCCCACUUUGCAUGUACUGCCAUCAUUCGUCAUUGAAUCCCUGUAUUUGCUGUUUUAAAAUGAACACGAUUUAUUACACAUUCUUAUCUACAUACUAAGGUUGGUAUGAUGGUGUAGACUCGGCGGCUUCUUCUGUGGUUAACAGUUACAUUCCACUUAAAAAACAUGAACUAUUCCUUUAAAGUUCUGUUUACUUAGAUGGUACUUUUGAGAAAACGUCACAUCAGGCACUUCUGUGUGUCAUGAGCCAGGGUGAAACAAACGAAAACAGGACCCAAAUGCAGAACAAAAAAGGGUUUAUUUCAAAAUAACUAAAUAAAAAGAAAAAAAAAGUUAUUAAAAUGUCCAACUGAAAAAUUCCUAAAAAACACAAGAAGCAAAAUCCAAGCAACCGAAAAUCACUGAGGAGACAGGCAUAGGUGCACACCGACAUACAUACACUCAUGCAAUGAACCAACCAGGACAGAGGGGAAGACAGAGGUGAUAUACACACACUGGGAAACGAGCAACAGGUGAGGCAGACGAGACACAGGUGAAACUCGUUAGUGAUUAACAAGGGAGGUAAAACCAGACUAGAAACACAAGGAAUCAACUACUACAAAAUAAAACAGGAAACAGGGAAAACUGAUCUAAAAAAUAAAACACUGAGAACAGCAGGGAAACGGGGUCACAUACAAACUGAAGACUCACAAGACAGGACAACAGGGGAACAGAAACAUGAGGGAAAAUACACUCAAAAAAACAAACAACUAAGUUAGCAAAACAUAUCAUGACACUGUGAUGGUUAAUAUGCAGUGGAGUAUUUUAUAGGGCUGCAAAGUAUAUUGUUUAAUCAUCGCAAUUUCAAUUUGUGCAUCAAAUGCCCAAUAUUCAUAUUUCAGGAUGUGCCGCAUUACUCACUUGAACAUACAGAGAAGUUUCGUUGUAAUACCUACAAAAAUACUGCAGAAGGAUGAUAACGCAAUAUAGGGCUGGGCGAUAAACCGAAAAUUUACUGAUACCAAAAGUUGCAACAAUAACUGUUUAUUGUUAUCAAGGUGAACUGCUCAAUAUGUCAUGAUAUUGAUUUGAGGCCAUACUGCCCAGCCCUAACGCAAGAGCUGCAAAGCAUAAAGCAAGUUGACCAAAUCAACUUACUUUUUUAAGUAAUAAGGUUUGAUAUAAAAAGUUUUCGUCUGAAAAUUCUGUAAAGAUCUCAACUUCAGACGAUCUGAGGCGACUAAUUUGCUAAGGAAUCACAGAGUCUGCAGGUAAACUGAGUGUGGCUAACAUUAGCAGAGCUAGCACUACUUACAUUCAGGCCUCCUUGCAGAUUAACAUCCACAUGCUUCUGCUGUUUACACAUCGCUCUGAUUGGGCCCUGGCUUACAGAGCUACAGCUUUGACAAACGUUUGGCCAGCAUUUGAGUCAUUCAGUAUUAAAAAUUCAUUUUAUAGAUACAUGCAAGAAAGUAAAUUUAAAUGAUAUAUUAUUCAGCCCUACAUGACAUAACUAGUGUGUUGUCAAAAAUGAUGAUAUGAUAAGCUUAUGAAUGACAUUUUUAGCCGAACUCUUUUUGUUUUAUUCCAUCCUGAUGUUGAGGGAGUCUUCGAAUAUCUCACUAUUUUAUGUUUACGUAGAGAUACUUUGCAUACUUUACUUAGCAUAAAACAGCCACAUAUUCAUGAUGUCUUGUUAUUUUUGAGUGGUGUAGGCAUGAAUGUUUCAACGUUUCUCUCUCGGCUUGGUUUUUCUCCAAGAAGAAGACCUUCAUCCACGAAUGCUUCAAUGAUGACCUUGUUUCUUUCUCAGCUUAGCAGUAAUUUUUCCUCCCUGGGCGAUGUUUCCUUCCUUUGCUGUUCUCUGAGAGGGCCAAGCUGACUCACAGUAUUAUCUGUAAAGAAAGGAUUGAAAUAGAGGGAGGACAUGCAGAAAUUUUCCUCCAAGCGAAAAAAAAAAAAAUCUUUCACAACGGUAAUAACGUGUAUCAGUAACAUGAAGAAUUUGCUUUUGUUACGAGUCAUUUCAAACACUUACUUUAUUCGGUGCAACAUGAAACUAUCACUCACUCAUGAAUAAAUUAUGAAAAACAGCACCGCUCCAUUUCAAUGUGGAAUGAAUCCUCAUAAAGUCUGAUUUUGUCGAACUGAAAACUCGCCGCUGACUGACAGAGACGCCAGUUUGGGGUCAGCGGUUCUGUUCAGCUCCGGUACUGUGAUAAAUUGGUGGAGGACAUCAAAAGGAGUAAAGAUAGUCCCUCCAACACGUCUCCCUGCUGCCUCUCUCUGCAGCUUUUCAAAGCCCAUCAGUCAUCAGACUCGUCUCACACUCAUAUUUGCUGGCAGAAAGAUGCAUCAGCUGCUCUUUUGUAAACAUAAAAGCUUCUCUCUUCCCUGUCAGAUCACAGGAAUCAGCGUUACAAGGCUGUUGUUCUUUGUUGGUUUAUGAUGCAGUUUUAUGGCGCAGAAGGGACUUUGCAACUGAUGUCUUUUACGGCUCGAUAUUGCAUGUGUCUAUAAAAAUUUGCAGAAGAUUUACAUCCUCAUAGCGCUUCCACAAAAUGUCAACAAGCAGAUUUAAAAAUGCUAAUGCAAUUUCUGAAUACAGCAGAUGUUUUGUUUGUUUUUUUGUCCCCUGCAUGUCUGGAUGUGUACCUGCGUGAAUGUGGGAAUGCACACAGCCCAGAGUGCGACAGUGUCUUCCCCGAGUGUCAGACGAUGACACGGUGUCACUUCAUUUAGCCGAGCCGCCUCACGGAGCUUAAAGCCCCUCUCCAGAGAGAAGCCCUACUUUUCUCCUGUGCUGCUCUGGGUUCGCUCAGUCUGACUCGGCCUGUUGCUGGAAGCAGACUGCUCCGCUCUGUCUGUUGCUGUAAUACCCUUGAUCAAAGCUUGGCAGAGAAUAGCAUUGUCACCCACUGCAAAUCUGCUUAGACAAAAGUGCAGCAGAAGGAAAUUUGGGUCAUUUGGAAGGAGACUCAGCGGCUCCUGGAGGAAUAUUUCGCACCAUGUAUGCAGCAAAGCAUGACUGUGGUGUUUAUAGGAUGCAGACUCAGUUUUAUUCCAGUGUACGCAUCAUUCUGUGAGUCAGACAGUCAGAGCUGCGAGGAUAAACAAUUUUUAGUUUUUAUUUCUUCUAUAAUGUUUUUUCAAUUGACAAAAAAAAGAUUUUGUUCACUCCUAUGAUUCUCCUACGAUUUUUUGGAUGUCGAUUCGAUUAAAUUGCGAUUCUACGAUACUGUCGACUUUCUCAAUUUUAAGUCUGCAUUUUUAACACCGGUGAAAAAGUUAAAUGGUUAUUAUUGUCUACCCAUUGUCUUACGGGAAUAAAGUCGUAAUAAAGUAAUUACUUGCGAGAAUAAAGUCAUACAAAUCCGCCUGAUCUUUCUGCGGAAAAGACGCAUUUCUUGCAUAUGUCCUGAUACUUCUGACAAUGUGAGGCUGAAACGCAAAAGGAUUUAUCUCCUUGUUUGUGAAACCUAGCUACUGAAGUUAAAUUUAUCUAAAUGCUCCACAGCGCUCAUUUAAACAAUGAACAGCAGGUUAAAAAAGCUACUAGCUACAACUUUAUUCUCGUAAGUAAUUCCGGGGUCUAAAAUGUUUUCUUUUCUUAAUGUGGCUGUAAUGCUCUGUCGUAAUCUUUCAUUGCAUUAAAAUCAGAAGAACACUUGCUGAAAUAUUCAUGAAUUUCACACAAUUUACCAGGUUGUGACGUUGUUUUAGAUGUUUCCAAUAUCAGGAGCAGGGUCAUAAUGUUUGCCGAUUGUUUGUUUUGCUGAUCCGUACAGUUUACUGCACAACAGCUCCUUGUCAUUUUCUUUCUCUGUUGACUCCACUAGUAAACAAAUAAGAAAUGUUUCGCUUUUUGCCCCGAGGCUGCACGCCCAUACCUGCGAUGACGUUGCACAGAGACCUGUCUAUUCCAGGAACCAAAAAAAAAAAAGAUUUAACAUAAAAAUCUAUUUUAAAACCAUAAAACAAAAAAACACGAAACUUACGUGAAUCGAUUUCUUUCUCCCACCUCUACUGUGCACCACCAAUCUCAAGAUUUCAUACGAAGGAUGUGCUGCAGGUAUAAAGCAUGUCCCAAAUUUACCAUUUUCUUAGUUAUUGAAACAAUAAAUUUACACAAGAGGACUGAACAGAAAACUAGACUCACAGUUUUUGCACUACAACCAGUAAUGCACGCUGACACACGCCAGCUUUGCCAGUCUUGUAAAUCUCCCGUGUGUUUACUUUUCGCCAGACCAUCACUUUUGUUUUCAAAGACAACUUCAGAAAGUUCUCUGCAUCCGUGGGGGGAGCUGUUGUGUGCUGCAGGUGGAGACCUUGCCCACGGCUACACCUCCCAGCUGAGCGUCUCCACCGGGCACAGCACCUCUAGAAAGUUGGCUCACAAUACUCAGCGACUCCAUUAAUUCCUAACAUCCCCAGUAAGGUCAGACUUCUUGAUGAACAGACACGGUUAAUUUGAUUUGUGAUUUGUGACCUCUAUCGCCGCCUAAUGUUUACUUUUGUAACAGUCUUAAAAAAUCGGAUCCCGCACCAUGCGGUGGCCUAGUUAGUCUGGUAUCUUUGAGUUAGAUUUAGCCCUGCUUUUUCAUCUCACUGGCAACAAAAGAAACCGAGUUACACGGCAGCAUCAGAAGUACCCUCACAUGCCUCCGUCAGUGACAACUAGUCUCCCCGAAGUCACGAAGCAGCCGCCGGCAGCUGUCUGCCUGCCUUUUUAUCUUCCCUCCUCCCCGAUACACAGCCUUUGUGUCUAUUUCUUGUCUCCCACUGUCACCGUCUAUCUCUCCAUCUUGUUGCCUUUUGGCACCCUCUCUGUCUCUCGCUCAUAUCCCUUCCUCUGUCUCAUCAGUCUCUCGGCCGUUGUUAUCACCUCUUGUUUCUAUAGUUUAACAGGCAACACGGGUACGGCGGCGCUUUCGCGAUUUAACCCUCGUUGAAUCUGGUGUUGGAGCAAAUGUUUAACUUCUGACUGAGCUGGACUGAAAGGAUUACUUUGACAUUUUGAACAAACUGAAACUAUUUCAUUCCUCGGAGCUCUGUGGUCUAAUAAAAAGGGAGCAUUAGUUUGUUUUUUUUUGGCCUUUUCAAACAAACCUCUUUCCUGUAUUGAGCGGAGAAAUAAAUAAGCACGCCUGCUGCCACUGUAUCACACUGUCGUUGACAUUUGGCUCUCUGAGCAUUCGACCAGAAAUCCUGGUCGUGGACUUGAAUAAAACAUAAUCCCAGCCCUGUUCCCUCUGCCACAGCCGCUGAGGAUACCAGACUUAAUUGAACCGUGAUAUUAAGCCUCUUGAAGACCUUUUCUCCUCUGGUACCUCCAGGACAAUUCCCAGGUGCAAUAAGAGAAAAAAAUCCCUGGAAAUCCUUCAAUUCAUGUUCACAAUCUGAAGUAAGUGUGUCAAAACGAUUCCAGACUCUAUGAAAGGGAUCAUUCAGAGUCAAUCCUGACUGGAUCUCACCCUGAGGGGACUCUGAGGUUCAUAACUACUACUUCAAUGUGUGUCAUCCUGCUGAUUACCUGACAACAGACUAAAAUCAUUGAUUUAUUGACCCUAAUGUUGUUGAUUUAAAUAUAUGUACAGAUCAGGGCUAACACGAGGUAUUUCCAGCAGUUAUGGUCUUUCAGCUGCAACGAAUCAUAAGAUGGAGGAGAAAGGAAGAAGAAGUAGUAGACUGCCAUCAAGUUAGCUGUAGUAACCCUCUGAAAGAUGAUUAGGCGCUUUCAAAAACUGACAGUCAGAUUUAUUAUGAACCCAAAAUCAGAGUUACGAAUAAUCAACUGAAAACUUUUAGAUUUCUAUUGAUAAGGAAGCCAAAUAAUAUUUAAUGGGUAAGGGCUUUGAUUAAAAGAAGAUUACUUCUCCCCACUCCUUUUUGGAUAUGUAAAUUAUAGUUUUUAUUUUCAUAAUUAAUGUAAUUUUUUAAUAUAUUUGUCGGUUUUGUAUUGUAUUGUUAAGUCCAUCCACUAUUGUAUGAUUACAGUUGUCAUUUAUUUUAUUUUAUUUUAAUUUCUUUUUUUUUUUACAGGUCAUGAAAAAAAUACAUAAAUAAAUAAAUAAAUAAAAACAAGUAAAUAAAUAAAACUUGCAUUUCCUAAUUAUUCAUUUGACUGUUUUCUCUCAGUUCCAUGAGUUGCGCUCCACCAGAAGUUGUGCAUUUCAAAUUAAAAGCAUAGUUCAAUCAGGCAGAGAAGAGAGCGACUUGAACUCAAGACAGAAAAUAAUAGAUAGUUUAUUAAUGUUUAAUCAUCAUUUAAAAACAGCAUAUAGACCAAUUAUAACUGGCGAAAAAAAGAUAGUUUAUUAAUGUAGGUUAAUAGUUACUUAACCAUUAACAAGCAAUUAAAUUAUGAUUUUUAAUUUUCAUUAACUAUUAUUGGAUUAUUUAUUAAAGAUUUAUACAGGGUUUAAAUAUUGGUUUUAAAACAUUAAGAUUAAAAUGUGUCAGUAGCACUUUGUUAAUGAUUAAUAUUUGUUUUUUAAACCAUCUAUAAAUAUUGUUUAGAUGGUUAUUGUAAAGUUAGGGUUAGGUUUUUAAAAUUGUGAAAUUUACAGUUUAUUAAUGGUCUUUUUAUAAAUGAUGAUUAAACAUUAAUAAACUAUCUGCUUACCUAUUAUAAAUGGUCUAUUUACCAUUUAUAAGUUAUGGUUAUUGUAAAGUGUUACCAAAAACAUUAAAAAAAAAAACAACAUGACCUCGUUUUGCUUUUUUUUUUGCAAAAUAUGAAACAGGAAGCAGAUUGUUGUUUUUUUUCUUUGUCACAAAGAGGCAGUUUGUCAGUUUUCGUGUCAGUCUGAAAUAUGAAGUCUUAAUUCAGAGUGAUUGAGUGUGUGAUGUUUUUAUGAGCGUACGAAACAGCACAAACCCCGUUUACAGGAUGUGGAUGAGAUAUGGCAAACCAGCUGUCCGUGUUUGUUCUGCCUUUCACUGAGAUAUAAUGGCUCUCUCUACACUGGGCUGUUAGGCAUUGUGUCUGUAUUUAUGUAAACCUUGUUUACUCAUCAGUUAUCACAUCCUCCAAACUGCAAUCAGGUCUCUUUUGUGCUGACAGAUGCGCUGCUGCUCAGAAAGUCUGUUUCUCUAUCUCACCUAAACCUAAAUUUAAAGACUCAGGGAUUGUCUUUGUUUGUGUUUGCAUGUCAAGUUUGUCACAAGCCUCUUCUCACACUUUAAAUUUAAGUUAACUUUCAAUCACACCGGCUUUUGCAUGUACUCCAUCUGAAUUCAAAUGAUAUUGUUUGUAUGAUAGAUAAUGCAUUGAUCCAUUUAGCUGUCUGUGAAGCCGCUGCACACACCGUCCCUCUCCUGCAGUAAAAAGAUAAUAGAUACUAUUAGUCCCCGGGAUGGAGGUGACAAGUGGCAUCAUCUGGAAUCAAUGAUUGUAUCUGUGAAAUGACCCGUGAGGUGGGAAGUGCCAUAAACACCUAAAUGAUCUAAUUACAAGCCACGGUUCAUUAACAGUAAUCGCAGCAUAUGGAGGAAAUCAGUCAGAGGGAAGCUGUCAGAUUUAAUCGUGCAGAGGUCUGUGCGGACGUGUUGUCAAAAGUUUACAAAGUUCGGAGGCAGCUGAAGGAUAACGGUAUCAAAGAUGUCACACUCUCGCCAAAUAUGUUAAUUCAACAGACGGAAGUAAUCCCGUACAGGUUUUUGUAGAUGAUACACAAACCCAUAGAUGUUUCCAAGGAGAGGCGGCAAUGACAAACACAGGGCUCAGCUUUGUUUUUGGAUAUGAAGUGAAACCUUGAAGGUUGAAUAAUGGAUGAAGAAGAUUAUGCAAAAUAUGUAAAAUAGUCCUCAGUAACUUUUCACCCCUUCAGCUCUUUGCUGAAAAAGACCGGUGAUGCAAAUUAUGACAACCAAGCCCGGUAUUUUUGCAAGUUGUCGGUCUUUAACUCAUGUGACCUCAUGACCUCUUUAAACUCAUCACACAAAUUUGAUUCAGCGUCCAUUUCAAUCUUCAGACUCUAAUUUCAAGACUAAAACAUGGAGCAGAGUGAAGUUUUCUUCAGAACUUUCUUCAUUAAUCCGUCUGUUCUGUGAUGAUUUCCAGACAUCCAGAGCUGAUUUACACCUUUUCAAAGCACAUCCUACCCUUGGGCUUUAGUCACACCAUCUGAGCGUCUGAGCUUCCAAGGAUUCAGCCGGUCUCAACAUCCAACAGAAUGAUGCAUGGACUUUUGCAGGGCCGGCUUGAUUAGCAUUACAUGACCAUGCUCUAACAUGCAGGUGCUUAUAAAUAAAAGAUCUGACUUCUCCCAGCGAGCACUCCAUCAUACUGCUAACUCAUGCAGCAAGGCACUUUUUAUUUCUCCGAGGAUCUGAGAGGAAGCUGCUCAUGAGGGACAAAACAACAUCCUGUUUACAGCAUUUCAGCAGCUGACUGUAACCCUCCUGAUCGCCUUCAUUUGGAUACAACCAACAUAGAGCAAUACUUAAAUGCUGCUUGAGAUGUCAGUCUCAUAGCUGUAUCGAUUUAAGAGAUUAUGUAUCAUUAAAGCAGGAAAGAGUGAGUGAGACCCAGACAUAAAGGUCACAGAUCGUCUUCGCUUUGAAAACAAUCAUUCAACACAAAUUAAGGUUUACGAAGAAUUAUGCCCUCCCUCAAAGUAGACUCAUAGAUGGACCUGAAUGCAUUGCAAUUUUUAACCUUUUCUAACUUUAUCUUUAUCUUUUUUUCUAAGAGAAUUCAAGUUAUAUUCAAAUAUGAUACGCAAUACGAUAUUAUCACGAUACUUGGGCCACGAUACAAUGUUAUCACAAUACGAUAUUAUUAUUAUGAUACUUGGGCCACGAUACAAUAUUAUCACAAUACGAUGUUAUCACAAUAGUUGGGCCACGAUACAAUGUUAUCAUGAUACUUGGGCCAAGAUACGAUAUUAUCACAAUACGAUAUUAUCAUGAUACUUGGGCCAAGAUACGAUAUUAUCACGAUACUUGGGCCAUGAUACAAUGUCUUCAUGAUACGAUGUUAUCACGAUAAUUGGGCCUCGAUACAAUGUUAUCACAAUACGAUAUUAUCACGAUACUUGGGCCAUGAUACAAUGUUGUCAUGAUACGAUGUUAUCACGAUACGAUGUUAUCACGAUACUUGGGCCUCGAUACAAUGUUAUCACAAUACGAUGUUAUCACAAUACGAUAUUAUCACGAUACUUGGGCCACGAUACAAUAUUAUCACAAUACGAUGUUAUCACAAUACUUGGGCCACAAUAUGAUAUUAUCACAAUAUGAUAUUAUCAUGAUACUUGGGCCACAAUAUGAUAUUAUCACAAUAUGAUAUUAUCAUGAUACUUGGGCCACAAUAUGAUAUUAUCACAAUACUUUUUAACAUUUUCCAAUACAGUGAGGUUGAGGUAGGCUAAAAUGCCAUUUCCGUUAUCACAAAGCAGACCAUUAAUGGGCAUUCUUGGCCUAUCAGAGUCAAGUGUUUAUGAUAGCCAUGCAAUAACACUAAGAUAAUGUACAUGCUUUUAACCCAGGUUAUCAUGUAAAAUGUUUAAACCAAUAAAAAUCCACCAUCUAUUAGCACACUCCCCCCGAGGUUUUCACUGUCAACACACUGCCUAUCUCAUCUCCUGUUGUUUAACCUGACCUUUGGCUAGAGGUGACCCCACUGAAAAUCCCUCUCCACACACUCCCAGAGACUCAUCACCAGAAUUAAUUAGGGGAACUGUCAGAGAGGAACCAUCUCCGAGGAGGGUGCGCUGAAGAAAAGGCUGAUUGAUCUCCAGCCAGUCAGGAAUCCAAUGUGGAGUUAGUCACUGUGGGUACAAUUAAGCUUUGUGCUGACAUUAGGGAUAUUGUCACAGCAGGUGGUGUUUGCAGGUGUGCGUCUGAGCUGAUGAAAUGCUCCGCAACAGUAAUGGAUGUUUCAUGUACAGUCAGAGGAGCUAGCUCUCCAGUAAAGCUUUAUUCCUCCCCCGUGUAAACACCAUGAUUUAGCAGGCAGUGUUGAUUAAACAACCACGAUGAUGAAUACCGCUGCAACUCCUGCUUUUUCUUGUAGUAUUACUUAAAUCAAACAUCAUCCCUCUUAUUUUUUUGUCCUUGCCUCACUCUCCAUCUUAUCCGCUCACAUUUUUUCUACCAAAACUCAUCUUCUGAAUGCUGCUUUUUAUUCCUCCUCAUCCUCCUUCUUCCUGUUAUUAGAUUUAAUGCUCCAGGUCGUCCUUGUCGAGUCCAGUCUUUUCCUGAAGCCCUUCUUUUAUGUGAACGCCACAUUCGUCCGUCCUGCUCUCUAAUGUCUGCUUGUUCCCCUUUUACAGCUUUUCACACCCAUAAUGUCUUUAUUACUCCUCUAACGGUAACUCCAUCCUCUCUCCUCUCUCCUUUCUUUGUCCUGUGUUGUUGCCAGGCAUGGCUGACUGAGAUCCACGAGUACGCCCAACAGGAUGUGGUCCUCAUGCUGCUUGGAAACAAGGCAAGGCAUUAUGGGAAAUAACUGUGGCUGUAGCUGCAGAGUAAUUGAGAGAAUAGACAUAAAAUUGUCUCAAACGCAGCAUCUCCUAAAGGUUGGUUUUUGAUGUAAUGUCUAACUAUCUUUUAAGUUAACCUUCAGUGCAAUAUUUCACAGUUUUGAAUAAUAAACUUAAGUAUUUGGCCACAUGAUAGAAACAAAUUUUACUGUCUUUAAUAAGAUCUGUGGAAUAUGGGUCAUCUCCUGAAGUUAUUCUUCACUACAAGCUUCAUAAAUUACAAGAUGCCGGCUUCUUUUUGUCUCUCACCUGUGUUGUUUUCUUGCAUCUCAGCUCCUCCUGGCAGCGAAAUGAAAGAAAAACACGCAGACAAAGGAGAUAUAUUUGCAUAAGAAGAAACCUGUCCUUUUACAGUGAAAAAAAAAACUGUUUUAUCCAAGAAAAGAGACAUGUUAGAGAGGAUAAUUGACUAGACGUUUUGUAGAGUGUCUGUCCAGGGGCGUCUCUCGAACUUAAGGACAUCGGGGGCACAGCCAGGGCCCCCCCAUCCCACCCCAUUUCCUAAAAUUAGGAAGUGAAAGAAAAUACAUAUAGUCAUAGUAACCACAGAGAGAUUGUCUGACUUAGAGUAACUGUCUCCACACACCAAGCGUAAAUAAAAUCGUUCACGCGGAUGAAUUACAUGUUAAGUCAAUGCAAAGACGCGAUUAGAUGCUCCUACAACUGGUGGCACGAAGGACGGGAACUGGGUGAAUCUCAACUUGUAAAAAACCUUUGUCUGUCACUCGUAGACGCGCAAAUGAAGCGACUAAAUACUAUUCAUUCACGCGUCUAGAUUCGCAUUAAUUAAGCGUGUAGAUGACUUUACUCGCACUUGGUGUGAGCGCCCCCAUAAGGAAAGUCCUCCAUGGUAUUAUUGCAAUGUAGGAGAGUCACCAAAAUUAUAUUAAAUAUUACACAAGUGAUUUCUGAUUGAUUGGCAUCAACAAAAACGACUCAAAUGUGACUCAAACUGAAAGGAUCAGAUCAGCGCUGAGAGAGUGUAAAAACAAAUAAAUGAUAUAUAAGGAGGUGAGGUAUUCUGGUCCAAAAACCUUCAUUGAGACCUCAGCAGUAUAUCAUCCAGGAGCCUCCUCUCUCCUCAAUCACUGUCUCCUCCUGGUGCUUUUAAUGAAUUGGCUGAUCUUUCCUCAUGGCGGAGGGGAAACAAUUUCCGGGUCAGUCAAGGAGGGAGGACACGAGGAGGCACGGAGUAAUGAGCUGAGGAGCAGCCGCUGAGUCUAUUCUGGAGAAAGGCGGGCUCGUAGGCAGCUUCUGCAACCGCUGUUAGUCUGACGCUGAGAAUAACUUCACCAGAUGAUCCUCUUUACUCAUUUCAGCACAGGCUGCACUUAAAUAUUAAGCCUGAAAAUGACAACUUUAUGACUUCAUUCUUGUAAAUUUUGAUUAUCUUUCAUGAAACCUUCCAUAACCUUCUUCAUAAAAAAGCAGAAUCAAAUUUUAUUCAUUUUUAUCCAUUUUAGAACUUUAUUUGGUGACUAUAAAAUAGAUCAUGUUACGACAUGAAUUCAGUGAAGCAGCCUCAGAGUUUACGCAACCAGAAGUGAAUUCAUCCUCCCCGUUUGUAGUAAAAUAGUGAUAUAACUCACCUCCCUCCUUCCUUCUUCUGCGUUUUUAUCCAAAAACUAUUAGAUCAGCUCGGUGAGUCACACACUUACACUGCCUGACAGUAUCUUUGAUUACAUUCAGUGUGGGCACUGAAGUUUAUUUUCAGACAGUGACUCACACGACUGAACCAAACGUGUACUAAUACGCAGCUAAAAAUAGUCCCAGAAACUCGAACGGUCACUCCUGUUUUAGUGAUGCUUUCUAAAAAGUACUCUGCUUUCUAUUUUGGGAACUUUUUGUGGGGCUUUAUUACUUUUUUUUUCUUUUUCUAAAAAUACAAGAACACUUUUGUGAGGCACUGUUAUCAAGACUCAGAUCUUCAGUGUGGACUAACAAGUUUGGCAGGAAAGUCGGGAGUAUGACGCAAACCCGCCCUCUUGAUGACAUUUCUGUGCGUCUCUAUAAAAAACAUCUUGUACUGGCAUCAAAAGCAUCACACAGUUUGAAUUCACACAUACAGACAGAGAAAACAUGAACAGAAUUACAGCAAAACUUCCAGAGCUCCCCCUGGUGGUUGUCUGCAGUAUAGGUCUUACAGACCGCCUCCUCAGAUACAGACAGAAGUUUCUGUGAUCAUUACGUCUGUGUUUCUGCACGUUUCUAAAAGCUUAAGAAAUAAAAAAAACUUUAUUUAUACAGCGCAAGUUUACAAAAUGAUUUAAAAGUCGAGGCAGAAUGAAUAAUAACUAUAACAGCAGAGGAGAAAUCAUGAAUUGUAGAGUCAAACCAAAUAGAAGUUUAAAAAAAUCCAAAAUAGCAGCAUUUAUGAUUUGAAUUAAAGGGAUAUUCCGGCGUAAAAUUAAUUUAGGGUCAGAGACACCGUAACACCAAGUUGCCCCCCCCCCCCCCCCCGAGAGAUGAAUGUUGCCGACCGCUUGCUUCUCUAGUUUUACCAACUUUAGUAACGAACGCAGGAUAGCAAUACACAGCGGUCUGAGGAGCUAUAAACAAACCUCAACCAAAACGCCACUCUAUAGCCACAAAUAAUGCUCAGAACAGCACCUAACUUCAUCAACAGUACAUAUAGGGUCCAAGCUUUAGCACUAGCCACCAAACAUCUUUUAACUUUGCCUUAUUUCUUUAGCAAAGAGACUAAACAAAACCCACCUACUCUCUUCCAGCAGCCGCUUGUUUGUAGCGGGACCUCAGGCCAGUUCAUUAUGGACUACAGCGGGGUGACGCAGCUCAAGGAAGAACAUUUAUGAUAAUUUCUUCAUCAUUUCCUUGAAGUAAUAAUCAUCAUAUUAAUCAUUUAACAUUUUCUGAUUGCAUUUCCAUGAAGAACUAAUCAUAAAUGUUCUUCCUUGAGCUGCGGCACCCCACUGUAGUCCGUAAUGGACUGGCCCGAGGUCUCGCUAGAGAAGCACUAGAGAUGUUCUCACUAGAGAACAACAGUCAUCUCUCGAGGGGGUGUCUAACUCUGUGUUAUGGUGUGUUUGACCCUAAAUUAUUUUUACGCCGGAAUAUCCCUUUAAGAUUCCCAGAAGAGAAAUAUAUGAAAGAAAGUCUGUAAAAGUGAAUUUAAAGAUGACACUCAGGGAGGACUCUGAUUUUUAUCUAGAGUUGAGCUUCGACCCUGACGGAAGGGUUAGAAAAGUUUAGGACAGUGAAGUUUGGUUCUUUUGGAUAAAUAAUCACAUGGACCCUAAAACUAAACCGAGCUGGGCCAAGCUGCUUCCCUCAGUCGCUCAUCACCGACUGUUUCCUCGAUAUUUCUCAAAAUUUAUUUCCAAAAAUGAGCCGUAAUAAUCUCAUUAACACACACACACACACAUUUGAUAAUAUCUCAACUUGCUAAUCUGCAAAUAUCACUGUUACACAUUCUUGUUCUACUGCCACCAACAUCUCCCCUCUGCAUGGAGAACAGAUGUCUCUGCCUUGGAGCUCGGUCUAGUUUCAGUCCUCAGCACUCGGUAUCAGUCCUCAAUUAGCACUCCGAGAGCCAAUCUUGACUCAUUAGCUGCUAUCAGACCUGAACACCAGGACGGCUCGCAUACAAACUGUGGAUAAAUAGUGACGAUCUGCCCAGUGGGUUGGUGGAUGUUGCGGUUUCAACACUUGAUGCUGUUGCAUGGCGCUUGCAUGUGUGACCUUGUUUUUCCUGUCACAACAGGCUGACGCAACUCACGAGCGGGUGGUGAAGAGAGAAGAUGGAGAGAGGCUCGCGAAGGUAAACUGUUUUUUCCUCCUAGCUGUGCAGCUGUUAGAGUAACCGAAAAGUUCUCAACACAACUUUUAAUUCUGUUAUAAUUAAAGCCUCUUGUGAGGAAUAGAGGGAGCGGUUUUGUUUUAUGUAAUUUCGGAGGGUAUUUGGGUGUCUUAUUGAAUUUCUGGGGGAUAUGAGGAGAUUGUGAGUGUAACAGAAAGGUGAGAUUAUCCAGGGAUCAGCUCUGCUUGUUAUUUUUGCCCUCGUCUCACAGAUUGUCUUUGUGUUCUGUGAGAAAAGAAAUACACGCCCUCCUAAACAGAGCUGGAAAGAGCCACACACCUUAGCUGUAUCCCCCCCCUCACAGGUGAUAAACCUCUGCAAAGUAACAUUUGUGGUACAAAUUGCCUCCUGCAUCAUCCAUAAAAUGUUUAUGCUUUUGUGAUAAACCUCAGCGCGGCUAAAGCACCGAGCGCUGAAAGCAGGAGCAAACAUUCGGUUUUAUAAAUCUUUGUGACUGUUUUCUUCGCGGAGUGGCACCCAGAACAAAUAGCAAACAGAAAAGUGGCUCACUCUGAAAGAGGGAGCAAUAAAGUGCCCACUAAGUAAGUAAAGGCUCAGGCUGGAAAAACGGCACAUCAGUUACCGUGAGACCGUGGGCUGAGACAAAUUCCUCUGCAGAGGUAAAGCUGGGGCACGAAUUCAUCAAGACCGAGUCGCAUUUAUCCAAAGUAAACGAGUUAACCAUUGAGCCGUGAGGGGUUCUCUGAAUUUCUAUACCGUUUAACAACGAACAUCACUUUUAGUCUCACAGGGCGACUUUUACAAAGACAGAAUUAUUCAGUGAAAAAUUAAAUACAAAUGUUCAUCGACGACCUUUUUUCACACGGUAAUGAGAUGAUAAGUUAAAACUGUGUCACUGAUAAUAAAAACUCUCAUGCUGCUCCAAGUUAACCUGUCACUCAAAGUACAAGCAGUGCACUCCUGCAGGGUUCCUACACGGUUGGAAUUUCCAUUUUUUCCAUACCUUACGUUUUAGAAUUAUUUUUGGGAAUAGCUACUUUUCUUUAUUAGAAAAAAGUAUUUCAGAACUGUGGAAGUAGUCUGGAAAUAUAAAUAUUUUUUAUACUUUAUUUUAGAUUUUCCAUACUUAUUAAGACCUGGAAAUUGAUCCAAUUUAUUUCCAUACUUUCCACACUUGCGUAGAGCUAGAGUUAGCUAAAAGAGAGCAGGGCUAGUUCGGUCAUUUAUCUGCAACAAGUUCAAAACUCUCUGCCUCCAGAUGCAUUAAAUUAAAAACAUUAACAUCAUUUUACAAACAAAUAACUUUUUGAACUAAAUUUUUGAAGAUUUGUUGAUAUUACCAAUCUUUUUAGAUAUAAAAUUGAAAAAAAAUACUCAAUUCAAAAUGUCCAAAUUGAUUGUAAACUGUGAAAUCUGUAAUGUUAAACUCUAAAAACCCACUAACUUUUGCUAGCUGUAUAACAGCUGAGCUCCAACUUCAGUCUGAGCGUGCGCUAACAGAGGUGUACUUGAUUCAAACAUCAGACUUCGUUCUUAACUCUCUAAAUAUCAAACUUUAAAAGUCUGACUUCUAAAGUUUGAGAAAAGAACGGAUGAAGAGAAACUUUGGGGUCGCCAAAUAACAGCUGAGAUUCAAGCAAAGGUCUAACUUACGGAGCUCUGCUGUAUCUGAAGUCAGAGUCGAUGUAUUACCUCGGUAGAUCAGCAAGAACAGGGCAGCAAUGCAUUGUGGGAGAGUCUAAACUAAAUCAUCCAACACAGGUAAGGACCUGGAUUAGACAAGUUAAAGUGAUGAGAGAGUGAGACAUGUCAGACUUAAAUACUUACUGAAACUUUAAUAACUAAAGCGUAAUCACAUUUUUGAUUAAAAUUAAAUGUUUUGACUUUUUGUCUACUAAAGUGAAACUAUAAACAGUCAAAAUGACUGAAAUUAAAGCUAUUUUAAUGUAAAGAAUAAGACUGAAUCUACAUGAACACUCAGCUAAUUAAUCGUCGAGCUUCAGAGAGGUCUCUCAGCUCAUCCUUUGCACAAAUUGGAGCUCACUGCUGAUGGUUUCUGUGGAGGUUUGGAGUUUUCUUCCAAAUAACAAAAACAGCUGACACUGCAUCUGCUUCAAACUCCCAAACUGUUCACUCCAGCAGAAACGUCUGCCCCCAGGAUGGAUUUUAAAGUCACAUUUCCAAGGAAAAAUAUAAUGAUUUAGAAAAAAAAACUUGCUGUCAUGACAGAAAAUUAUGUUUAUAUAUAAAUCCAAGCUGAUGCUCCAAGAGAUCUGCAUGCCGUGCAGACACAAGGUUGUCCCCCUGAGCAAAUCGAAACAACUUCCAGAGCUGUCGCUGUUGUGGAUGUGCUGUUUACUAUCAUUUCUAAUGUGGUGCAAGCAGUGAAAUCAGUCUGAAUAAGAGGUGACUAAAUGUGAAAGCUUAAAGACUCACAUCAGACAGGUCUGAGAUAUCUUUGUGAAACUGUGCCCUGGGUGUUUAAGGGGUGAGGUCUCAGGUCGGAUGUGUUUCUUUUUGCUUAAAUCCUGCAGGAGUUUGGAGUUCCCUUCAUGGAGACCAGCGCCAGGUCAGGUCUGAACGUGGAGCUGGCUUUCACCGCCGUGGCAAAGUGAGUAACACCAUCCGUCAACACUCUGAGGGUUUGUUUUUUGGUAUGGAAGUCUCUUAAGUGCAGCAGAUUCCUCAAAGUGUAGCUCAUAUUUAAAGGGAUAUUCCGAUGUAAAAAAAAAUUUAAAGUCAAACACACAGUAACACCGAGUUAGACACCCCCUCGAGAGAGGAGCCAUCAUGAAUGUUCUUCCUUGAGCUGCGUCACCCCGCUGUAGUACGUAAUGGACUGGUCUGAGGUCUCGCUACAAACAAGCAGCUGCUGGAAGAGAGUAGGUGAGUUGUGUUUAGUCUCUUUGCUAAAGAAAUUAGUCAAAGUUAAAAAGAUGUUUGGUGGCUAGUACUAUGGCUGGGACCCUAAAUGUCCUGUUGAUGAAGUUAGGUGCUGUUCUGAGCAUUAUUUGUGGCUAUAGAGUGGCGUUUUGGUUGAGGUUUGUAUAUGGAUCCUUAGACCGCUGUGUAUUGCUAUCGUGCCGUCGUUCCUAAAGUUGGUAUAACUAGAGAAGCAAGCGGUCGGCAACAUUCAUUUUUCGAGGGGGUGUCUAACUCGGUGUUACAGUGUUUUUGAAUAUCCCCUUAAGUUUUAGACUGAGAAGUUCAGGGUUAUAUUUUAGUGACGCUUUUUAUUGAAACUUUUGCUCAUUAUAGAAGUUUCCUAAUUUAGAUUUUAGACAAGUUAAGACAUGGCUUUUCAUUUCUAGCGUUCAUCCAUGUGUGGCUUACUUUUAAUCCCCCCGUCUCAUCCUCCUCGUCUGUCUCAGGGAGCUGAAGCACCGAUCCACGAAGGAUCCCAGCGAGAAGUUUGCGCUGCAGGAGUACGUGAAUAAAGAGAUGAAGGGAGCCGGCUGCUGCAGGACUUAAAGCCUGCCCGGGUCACCCUGCGGACGUUCAUGUGUGUGUUUGUGCGAGUGUGUAUUUUUGUGUGUGUGGAUCACUCAUGUUCAUAUCUGGUCCAAGAGAUGAGGAGUCAGCUCCAGCGAGGUAAAAAAUUAUUUUGUUUUCCGUUCAGCCACUCUCAGUUUUUGUUUCCUCGACCCCCUCCGUCGUCCUGCGCUCCUCUUUUCUGCCAAACUCCUUUUUUGCGGUCUGCAGCUGUGAAUGUAGCCUCGGGUUAUGGUUUGCAGCAGACAAAGUUUAAGUGCUGUUCACCUCAGUCAUUAACAUACUGAUGGAUGUUUUCUUCCAUAACUGUAGCUGCAUGACAAUAACUCCUCCGCUGAAUCUGGACACCAAACAAACAGCUUUUUGCACAACCUGGUGGUGUCGCUUCACCGUGACGGGAUUUAAUCACAUCCGAUUUUCCAUCUUAUUUUGAAAGAAACAUCAUAAAGGAGCGACUGUUUCCUUAUUGCUAAGUGUUUGGAUGAAUGUACCUAUAAUAGAUGUUCAGUGAUGUGUCUCCUGUCUAUGGUUCAGUGUUCAUGUCAGUGAUUCGACGAGGCUAUCUGGAGCCAAUUUAGCUCACCAGCAUAAACUUAAUCUAAGCAUUACCAUGACUCAGCUGUGGAUAUUCGGGACUACGUAUAACUUCUUCAACAUAAAAGUGUAUAGAUGUCGCUAUUUUGUUAUUUAUGUUGAUAUGAAGUACAGAAAAAAUCAUAAUUAGCCACAGUAAUUAUUCUUUUGAUAGGUUUCAAUUCAUGCUAGAUGCGAGACAAAGACGUUUGUGGUAGUUUAGGAGAAACUUUUAAACAGAUGGUAUUGCAUGAGUCAUGGUACCGAAAACAUUUUGGGCAUUUUUCCAAUGGAAGAGGAUCAAUAUUGAAUCUUGGAGCGCUCUAAUGCAACUUCUCUAUUUGAUAAUAUGUAUAUUUUCUUUCCAUUGUCUUUGAAAUUGUUAUUAAAGGGACAGUUUGUGCUUUUUUUUUUUUUUGAUGUGGGGUCGUAUGAAGUUUGAUGCAGGCCUCUUUGUUGAGGAAGCAGACAGAGAAGGCCGUCAUCCACCACAGACGGGGUCAAACUCUCCUGAAUUGUUGCUAAAAUCGACCCCGACACCAGUUUGGGUGUAAGUAUCCUUUAUUUAGAGAUUUCUCUGCACCUUAUCUUGCCAUCAGGACACCACUUAGUCACUUUUGCACCUGUGGAGCACUGAUAAGUUAAACUGCAGCUUUCAUGUUGUCUUAAAACAUCACUGAUGGUGAGUGAUGCAGACUUUGUGGGCGUACACUCACACCUGAUGCACCUGCACCACAAGGUAAUUCGUCUCUGUCAAAGCCCUUAAUUCAGGUCAAUUAAAUAUAAUUGUGCAGUGUAAAGCCCAUCGAAGUGGUUUAAGUGGAACAAAACAACGAGAGAAUGUAAACAGACGGAGAUACUAAGAGGAGGGCGGCUAAUCGGCGUGCUGCACACAAAUAUUGCACAAACAAAAUUGGCUUUCUGAUGGCAAAGUUAUGCACCGAAAACUUCUAAUUAAGAGUCGAAACUUACAGCUUCAUUGAUAUCUGAACCGUCUCCAAACGAGCUCAUCUACAUGGCAGAGCUGACCCCGUCUGCGGCGGUUGACUGCUCAGUUUCUGCGUCUGCUGUAACACAGACGCCGAGUAUCUCCAGAAACCCUCAAAAAAAAGAAAAAAAACAAACUAUCCCUUUAAAAUGGACUAACACUGUAUGUUAUGAAUCGACAAACAUGCUGUAAAUACUUUUUUUUUCCCGUAAAGGAAAAGAUUGGUGGCACUUUAAUGGUAAAGUCGAGCGGGUUGGGGGCGAUAGAUAUUUAUAUUAUAUUGACAGUGUUACCUGAAGUAUUAGAACUUCUUCUUUUUAAUGUCUCAUAUGAAGUUAAAAGUGCAAAUAUUAGUCCGCUGCUUGCUGUAGUGCCAUUCAUGAGUAUGUAACUGGGGUAUUUAGUGCCAUCUUUCUUAAAGCGUCGACCAGUAUGUUUCUUAAAGUCGUCUCCAUGAUAGAAGCAUACGCCUCUUUUUAUACGACCGUUGCUUUGAUAGAUCAUCUUAACCACAGAAACUGAGUCUCUGUACAGUCCUCACAGUAUUUUCCAAACUUGAUGUUGAGAGGGGUAACGUGACUUUUUGGUUUCACUAUUUUUCAAUGUGUAACUUUCUCUCUUGUAACGAAAAAGUUAUUAACGACAAUAAAAACAGAAGUUAAUGUGACUUGAA